AGGAGGGUUCUGGGAGGGAGGUUGUCUGAGAUCCUGUAAGGAUUUUGCGGGGGGGAAUCCCAAGGAAAGUCCGGAGACGGAGCGGCAGAGAUGCAGCGAGACGAAACGGACCCCGAGUCCUCCAGCUCCUCGGACGGGGGCCCCGGGGGGGCUGUGCGGGAGCAGCUGGAGAGCCUGUGCCGGGAACUGAACCUGGACCAGGAGACCGAGAGGGAGGCUCUCAGGGACUUCACCUCAACAUGGAGCACGUACAGCCUGGAGGUGGGGGGCCGGGACAUGCCAGCUACAGGGGGAGGGGGCAGCCAUAGCUCACCUGAGGGGGGUGUAAAUGGGAGGUGGGCUAGGUGCAAGCUAUGUACACGGAUAUAAAUAGCACCUACAGGGGGUAAAUGGGAGGGGGGCUAGGUGUAAGCUAUGUACACGGGAUAAGGGGGGCUAGGCACCUACAGGGGGUAAAUGGGAGGGGGGCUAGGUGUAAGCUAUGUACACGGGAUAAGGGGGGCUAGGCACCUACAGGGGGUAAAUGGGAGGGGGGCUAGGUGUAUGUCACCUACAGGGGGGUAAAUGGGAGGGGGCUAGGUGAAUGUCACCUACAGGGGGUAAAUGGGAGGGGGCUAGGUGAAUGUCACCUACAGGGGGUAAAUGGGAGGUGGGCUAGGUGAAAGUCACCUACAGGGGGGUAAAUGGAAGGUGGGCUAGGUGAAAGUCACCUACAGGGGGGUAAAUGGAAGGUGGGCUAGGUGAAUGUCACCUACAGGGGGGUAAAUGGGAGGGGGCUAGGUGUAUGUCACCUACAGGAGGUAAAUGGGAGGGGGGCUAGGUGUAUGUCACCUACAGGGGGUAAAUGGGAGGGGGGCUAGGUGUAUGUCACCUAUGGGAGGUGGGCUAGGUGUAUGUCACCUACAGGGGGUAAAUGGAAAGUGGGCUAGGUGUAUGUCACCUACAGGAGGUAAAUGGAAGGUGGGCUAGGUGUAUGUCACCUACAGGAGGUAAAUGGAAGGUGGGCCAGUUAUGUAAAACCCACAGAGGGCAUAGUGGAAGAUGGACUAGAUGUCUGCUACCUAAUAGGAGGUGAGCUGGGUAAUAGGCCAGGAAUACAAAACACAGAGGCUGAUGAGGUGUGAGAUGGGUCAGGAUAAGGUGGGAGAAAAUCAAAUACCAUGUAGAUUGGGAAGUCACAGGUAUGUGUCAUAUAGUGGAGUCUGCUAAUGUUAUCUAGAUAUAGCAAGAUAGUUGAUGGAUAUAGGUAGUCAAAUGGCACGGUUAUGGGUUAGGUGGGUAUAUGCAGUCUAGUGGGUGAGGGUCCUGGUUUAUGGCACCUAUAGAGGUUAGCCAUAUGACAACUAGUUGGUGAACGUUGGAGAUAAUGACCAUGUGCAGUCUGAUUCUAAAUGUUAUGUAAAAAAGGUGGGUGAAGGGUUGGCUAACCACUGGCAUUUACAGAUUGUAAGUCUUUUUAAGGAAGAACCGCGUGUUAUGAAUUACCUGCCAUUUUAUAUCACACUUUUAAUAUUGUAAAGUGCUGCGACAUAUGUUACAUAAAUUAUGAUAAUUACACUUUCUUGGACCACAUUUUCCAUUAUGAUCAACUAUUUUACGAUGUACAACAAGCACCAAAGGUUACGUUGGCAUACACCAGUUAGAAGUUUUAUGGCUAUGUUGAAAACUAGUGAUGUCCCGAAUGGUUCGCCGCGGAUGGAGAACAUAUGCGGUAAACUUUGACCCUGUACCUCACAGUCAGCAGACACAUUCCACCUCCUGGACAGCUCACUAAGAAUGCAGCUUCACAAUGAAUGUAAAAUGGAUGCUGUCCAGGAGGUGGGAGGGUCUGGGAGAGAGGGUCUGCUGCUGAUUGGCUGGAAUGUGUCUGCUGACUGUGAGGUACAGGGUCAAAGUUUACCGCAUAUGUUCGCCGUCCGCGGCGAACCGUUUGGGACAUCACUAUUGAAAACAACGCAUAGAGCAGUGGUUCCUGAACCAUAGGACAGUAGCCUAGAUUUGGUCCCUCAUGUUUAGAACAUGUAUAUCAAACUCUUCAGGUCCCAUGCAUUGCUAAAGUGAUCAAUAAACUUAGUGUAACUUCACUACGCAAAUUUAGCGGAGACAUCUUACACUGUGAAGAAGAGAUGUUUACAGAAGUUAAUUUUGAUAUAUACUAUCUAGCAACUGAAGAAUGGUUCACUGAGAUAAUUAUAGACCCACUGAUCUUGAAUCUCUGGUAGAUGAGGAGGAAUUAAAUUGCAUGUAGUGGAUUUUUUUCAGUAUAAAGAUAGGCCAAAGUGAUAUUAACUUACUGUUUUUGCAUGUAUGGUAGAUUUAUAUUUUAGGGGUUUGAGUUUUUAUAUGCAACAGGUGCAUACAGCCUAUGUGGUCUGCAACAACCUUUGCGCAAGGAUAAAUAAACCAGUAUUUUAUGGUAACUUUUUAAACUGGUUUACGAAUAAGAAGUUAUUUAAGCAACUUUCUAGUAAACCUAAAAAAAACUAAUCUAAAGUCUGAACCUACUCUGAGGGAUUGAAUGCACAGUGAAAGCGAAUUUCUAUUAUUUUUAUAAAGUUUAAAAUUAAUCAGUAGUGUUGGAUUGCAAGUAAACAAUGGUGAUAUUGACAGAAGCAAAAGGUGUGAAGGUAUCUACUCAUUGAAGGGCUUUGAAAUACUUUUUUCUUUGGCCACCUAAAAAUGUAUCUAAAAUAAUGUAUAAUUUUCUCUUUAUUAGGGUGAAAUGAAACAUUGGUUAGCCUGUGCCUUGUAUGCUGCAUGUCGAAAAAGUGUAAUCCCAACUGUUGGGAAAGGACUUAUGGAGGGGAAUGGUGUGUCACUGACUCGUAUUUUGCGUUCUGCAAAGCUAAGGUUGGUUGUCAGCUGUAUUUUUUUUUUUUUUUUGUUUGUUUUGUUUCUAAAAUUCAGAAUACAUGUUAACCAUGAUGCCACAGCAGCUGGUAUGGAUACACCUGUGGUUCCCAACAAGCUGUUUUGCUGCCUGUAUGUCAUGGGGAAUGCUGUCUGUAACAGCUGCAGUGUCAAAGGUUAUCAGCUCGGUUUUAUUCAACAUGUUUGUUUUUGGUUUAUUUUUCCAUGUCCUUGAUUUGAAAGGAAAUAAAGUGGUAAUGUAUUUUAUCUUUCCAAUAUGGUUUAAAUCUCCUUUUAUGUACAAACUCUUUGCAGACAGAAAGGCUUUACCAGAUAGUUAACCCAUAAUGUGCUCACAUUUUGUAAACAUUUGUGUUCAAGACUUAAGUAGAUUGCACAAAAUGGAUUUGCAUUUUUGCAAUAGUUUAAAUGUAUUUGAAAUGAGGAGAUUGUACCUCAAAUAUUAUAUUAAAACUCACUUUGAAUCCAGCGCAGGGAUCCACAGUCUGAAUUGCCUACUCCUACAUUAUGAUUUAUUUUUGUACAAUGAAACGCUUCCCAUAGGAAGGCAUUAUUGGAUCUAUGAUCCUUGCAUGACAAUUGCCAUUGUCUGCCACUGGAAUGCUAAUCCUAGUGAAGCAUUUAUUUCAAUGCUUCUUAUGAGAAAGAUUGAACGCUAUACCUUUCUAGCGUUGAGCUGAAAGAAAGCUCACUGCUCAAUGCCUGCCCUCCUCCUUCUCUUUUCAAUACAGAAAUCAAAUUUUUUUAAAAAUUAAAUAAUUAUGCCAUAUGAAUAGCUCCAUAUGCCUUUGUAUACAGGCAUAGCCACAUCUAUUCCUCUGUAUAAGGCCUUGACAAAUUCAAGGUCACCAUGGUGACUAGGAAUUCUAUUCUGGCACCUGGAAUUUGUGAGCCCGUUCUCUCAAAAGCAGAGGUUACUGAGGGAAAAUGCAGGUGGCUGGCUCAGGGAGUGUGGAGCCAGGUACCAGUAAUUUUCUUGCUCUACUCUUUCACGCACCCUGCAAUGAUGCCUGGAGCUGGAAUGUGACCACACUGUGCAGCACUGGACUAGGAAGCACCUUGAGUGGCUGCCACUAGUGGUGUUACUAGGCAGCAAAGUAAUCACUGCCUUUUCUCAGAAAAGGCAGUGUUUACAAUGAAAAGCCUGUAGGGAAAUACUAUCAACACCAUUAAGCUGUAGUGGCUCUGGUGACUAUAGUGGCUCUUUUUAAGAAUUUUUUGUUGCUUAAUAAAAUAAACAUCCAUAAGGGCCUUGGUCCGUCCAAGGCCUCUUCAUAAGGGCCUAGGCCCGCCCAGAGUGUGAAAAGUGCUGGCACAUCAAUAUAGUGAUUUACAAAGACACCAAAGACUGCACUUUUCAUGUCCUGAACAGCAUAAACUAUUUUUUUCCCAAAACCCCUACAAUAUAAUAUUUUAGUAAACUGAUGUGCAGGGUGUGAAAAGUGUUGCCACACCAGUAGUGGUUUUAAAUGUCACUGGGGGCAGCACUUUUUGCGCGAAAGGAAAAAAAAUAUUUAACUACUCUACAAACAUAAAACUGAACUGACAGGCAACUCCAUUUGUGUAAGUUGUAGAGAGCAAAAUGUAAAUGAAUAUACAAAUAAAGAAUUGUAGAAGUUCUUAAAAAAACAACUUUCAACUAGAGCAGCGGUUCCCAACCCGUGGUACGCGUACCCCCAGGGGUACAAUUCGAAAAAGUCGCGUCACUGGCGGCGGUACAGUCGCACUGGAGGGCUGGGAACCUGGCUGAAGGUCCAUCAAGUGGCCCAUGCACUCAGGGCCACCCGAUGGAAAUGUGCCAUGAGGGGCCCCUUGUAAUGUGCAGGGGCUGGGAGGAAGAGCGGGUACCUCCUCCCACAUAAACUAAUCUGCCGCGCGGGAGGGAGAAAAUGGGCUGCCAAGGGGUACUCAAGUGAAAAAAAGGUUGGGAACUACUGAAAUAGAGCAACAGAAUAAUUCCCAGCAUUCAGCCCCACUCUAAUCCCUUUUAUGCUUUCUCAUUGGUAAGAUACACAUAUCUACCUGUCCUGAUUACCUUUAGAAGCCGCAUUGACCUGGAUCAUUGUACAGCUAAGGCAACUGUCUGUUCACACAGCAGCAAUGUAGGGAAGUGAUUUCAUAUUACUUCCUCCCAGAGCUCACAGAAAGUCAUUUCAAGCAUUUGCUUCCACUGGCUCAUAGGGAAGCCACCCUCCUGCUGCAAAAAGAUAGGCAAACAGGGUGGAUAAAAUCUGAGUUUGUGUAUAUGUGUUUUACUGUUUGUUUUUCUAUUUAAUUGUGUGUGUGUGCACAAUACAUAUAAGUGUAUACAUGUGUUGAAGUGUGUGCCUGUGAGUGUGUAUAGCAGUGUAUAACAGAGGGCGAUCUUUGUACGUGUGUGUGUGUGUGGCCACAAUACGUAUAAGUAUGUCUGGGAGUGCAUAACAGGGCAAUCUGUGUGUGUGAGUGAAUGUGUAUUUGCAUAUGUUUUGGCGUGAGCAGGUGAAAUUUUGAAAGUAUAGCAUACCAGUGUGUGCAAGUCUAGGAAUGUGUAUAUGUCAAUAGGUUUGUAUGGGUGCUCAUGUCUUGUCAUUUGUGUCAUGUAGCACUCCCCAUAUGGUUCUGCAUAGGAUCCUGCAAUUUUUGAUGGCAGCUGUGCUAACACUGGGGAUACAGCUACAGUUCUUGUGUAAUGGCUACAUUUACUACUAAGGUUGUGCAAGGUUAUGUGUAAUAAACAUUUUAGUGUAGUGUAGUGGUUAGGUUGUGAAUGGUUCCGCAGCAUAUAGUGACCAACCUGGGACCCUGAUUUACUUUUGCAACAUUCAGAAACCGUGUAAGAAUGAACAGUGAUUCAUUGCUCGAGGACUCUAGGCAACAAACUACUCCAAUGAGUUUGACUGUUGACGCCUGGAGAUUUGAGGCAGGCGCAUGAGGGAGCUGUAACAACCUCCCUGCUCCGUUCCCUUGCACGCACUCCAGUGAUGCCGGGAGCCGGAAUAUGACUUCAUUCUGGCACCUGCAUUAAUAAACAGCACUCUAUGGAGCAUUGUAGGGAGAUGACUGAAGCCCCACUGGACCACAGGAAAGCUAAACCCAGGUAGGGAGGCUGGGUAGUCACAUAAAUGUGUGUGAUUAUUGCAGUGACUGUGUGUGUUUAGAUGACUGGUCCCCCUCCAAUCACAUGGGAAAGAGGUUUUUACUCACCUUUUCUACCCACGCUGUGCUGAUCUCGCCGCAGCUGGCCCUGCCUCCAUAACUGUGAUCAUCAAUCUUGAUGAUCUCCGCCAAUCCAUUGCUUUCCCAUAGGAAAGCAUUGGGAGGCUGUUGCACAUAUGUGGCAAAAUGCCAUGCUGCACCAAUAAGCAUCUCCUCGGGGCGUGGAGACGUAGGUGCUGCGCACUGUGCAGCACUGACCCAGGAUGCACUCCAGAGGCAGUCUGAGUGUCACUAGAAGUGUUACAAGAUAGCAAUGUAAAUACUGCCUUUUCUCUGAAAAGACACUGUUUAUAUUGAAAAGUGUGCAGGGACAGAUUAGACACGAGAACAACUACAUUAAGCUGUAGUGGUUCUGGUGACUAUAGUGUCAGUUUAAAAAAUUUAUUUUUGACAUUGAGAAACCAGGCUCCUAGAUUCCAAGCAAAUUUGUCAAGCCCUGUUAUACCACCUGACUUUCCAAACAGGGCCUGUUACAUCCUUGUUUGCUUGGCUCAAUAGAGCUAAUCUCGAGGCAGCCAUUUUCAAAGAGCACUUUGAUGUAAUGUGAUUUCAUGGAUUUAUUUAUAUUUCUGGUGUUUUGCAGUCUUAUUGAGUUUUUUAACAAAAUGAAGAAAUGGAUGGACAUGUCAAACCUACCACAACACUUCAGGGAGCGUGUGGGAAGGCUAGAGAGGAACUUCGAGGUUUCUACUGUAAUCUUUAAGAAAUUUGAACCAAUGUUCAAGGAACUAUUUCAGAAUCCAGAUGAAGAUCCUCCACGGCCCCCGAAAAGCAGAAAGCAGAGGUGAGAUACUGGUAAAAGGGCUAAAUAAGGUUAUAAGUUUCAGGCUGUUUCAUGCUCCUAAAUAAUGUGCGCCACUUCCAGUGUAUAGGUGGCAAUUUUUGUUUUGUUUAAUUCAGUGUCAGAUUGUGCCUUAUCAGCUUUGCCUUUGAUGCAGAGGGUUGAGGGGAGGUAAGGAUGAAUAGAAAAUAUAUAUAUUUUUAUUUAUUUAAAGAAAGGACCAAAUUACAUUUGUAAAUGGAAAAGUAACUUGAACACAGGGUGGUGCUGGGGCUGCAGUUAAGUUGAUAGGUGUUUUGCAGUGUGUUUUAAAAAUUUUUUUUUUUUUUUUUUAAAUCUUAUUGUCUUCAUGUAGUUUAAUUAUUUCUAAACCAUUUUUGAAAGAUGUAUGCAUCAAAAAUAAGCUGUGAUUUUGGUGUACUAUUGUGAAUUUUUUUUUAUUUAUUUUUUUUGAAUAUCCUUGCCAAACCUGGAAAUCUAGAGCAGUGAUUGCUAAACUUUAGGAAUGUAGUUUAUGAAACCUUUUGCCAGUGUUUAGAGAUCUUCGUUCUUGAACUAGCAUGUUCUCUCAUAUUUUUCCCUUUUUGCUUUGCAGGAAAUUGCAGUGCAACGUUAAAUCUCUCUUCAAGUUCGCUUGGACCUUGUUUGUAUAUGCAAAGGGUGAGAGAAUGUAUGGAUUUAAAUGCAAUAGUCUUAUUCAUGACUUUCUACACUAACUUGUAUUUUAAAGGUGGGCAGCCAAUAUGGAAUUGACAUAAGUAUUCAGAUCCUAUUACUUACUUGAAACACAUUUGGCAGUAAUUACAACCUCAUAUUUUUGGGUAUGAUGCAACAAGCUUUGUAUAGCAGCAUUUGGGUACUUUUUGCCAUUCAUUUCUGAAGAUCUUCUCAAGCUCUGUCUGGUUUGAUGGGGACGGUUGGCAUACCGCAGUUUGCAGAUCUGGGUCCGGCUGUGUACUUAAUUGUUAUUGUCCUGUUGUAGGUUGAGCCUUUUGCCCAGGCAAAGGUCUUGAGUCCUCUGAACCAAGUUAUCAUUAAAGAUAAUUUUUUUUUUUUUUGCUUUGUUCAGCUUUCUCAAACAUUUUCCCCAACCAGUCUCCUUUUCUUUGCUGGCAAAAAACACUCAGAGAGUGAAGUUACCACAACUAUGCGUUACCUUUUGAGAUGGUAUUGUGAAGUUAUUGAUCAGGUCCUGGUCUCCUCCAAAGAUGUUUUGUAUUAAGACCAAACUGCUCAAUCUUAAUUUCAUCAAGCCAGGGAAUGUUUAUCGCAGUUUUUUAUUACUUAUUAUUACAAGCACACGUUAAUGUGUUGUCACGCGUAUCGCUACGGCGGUAUUCCUGCAUUCUAAGGGGAAUACUGCCAAACACUCACCGGAGAUGUCCUCUCCUCUCUCAGCGGCCAGGCCUGUAUCAUUAAAGACGCCGGCUGCUGCAGCUGUGAAUCAUUUAAGGGUUUCCUGUUUAACCCUUAAAGGGCCAGAUCAAUUAAUUUAGUAUGGGUGUUGAUCACGUUCCCUACAGCCAGGAAACGCCUUUAGCUAUUUAAACCUAGUUUGCCCAUUUCUCAAUGCCCUGUCGUGGUUUCCAGUUGGUUAUCAGAGAGCGCGUUCCUUGUAUUGAUUUCUUGUGCAUCUGACCUUGGCUUCCCUUAUUGACUAUCCGAUCUCUGUAUUCCUGGACUCUUGGCUUGGCUCCUGACUAUUGUUAUCUCCAUUCCUUGACCUUUGGCUUGUUUAUCGUUUGCGUUAUGCCUUUCUCUUUGCUUUUCCCUUUCUUGUGUCUUUUGCCUUUAUACGUUAAAUCCGGCCAUUCUAAGGCCUGGUAAUACGUCUUAGUAAUCUUGACGUGUCUUGCAUUGAGAAGAAGCUUACAUGUAGCCAUAAAGGCCAGAUCAACGGAAUGUUGCAGCGAUGGUUGUUCUUCUGCAAGCUUCUCCACAAAUGAUCUCUGGAGCUCACCUAGCGUAAAAAAUUAGUCUUACCAAGGCCUGCCUUCCCCAGUUGCUCAACUUGGCUGGGCUGCAAGCUGUAGGAGGAGUCCUGGAUUUUUCAAACUUCUUCCUAAAGAAUUGUAUAGGUCACUGUGAUCUUGGCAACCUUCAAUGCAGCCAGAUGUUCUUUGUUGCCUUCCCCAAACCUGAGCCUCUGAGCAAUUUUGACAGCAGAUUAUACUUCUUUUUUUUUUCUUUCUUUUUUUAUGUGGGCCUUCUCAAAAUUGUGUCUAACGAAUCGAAAUUCCACAUGUGGACUCAUAUUUCAAGUGUUGUAGUACUUCGCUCUCUGAUGUAUCCCAUUUCUCUGGAUCAUCUUUGCUGUAUCUUUACUCAAAUAUGUCUGAAUACUUGUCAAUUAAAUAUUUUCUUUAAAUUUAAGUGUAAAGUUUAAAAGAAAAGUCAUAUGGGGUAUUGAAUGUAGACGAUGUGGAAAAAAUGUGAACAGUUGUACGAUAAGACUGCAAUAAAUAAUGAAGGUGUCUGAAUAUUUUCUGUACGCACUGUAUAUGUGGCAAUGCAGUCUCAGCUAUAUACAAACAAUUGUGUUGCCUAAACAGACGCUGCAUGGCCAAUAGGAAAUGGAAAUCCUGUGUCUUUUGUAGUUCUUUAAGAAAAGAGAAAAAAAAGUAUUUUAAUGUAGAAACAUGUAAAUAUAAAUUUUUGAAAUGACUAAUAGAUUUGUUUUGACGUUUUGUGAAAACUGUCAUUCAGGUAAUUUCAGCUUAAUCGGCAACGAUUUGGUUAAUUGUUAUCAUUUGCUCUUGUGCUGCCUGGACCUUGUUUAUGAACACACACAGCAGUGCCCUAAUAAAGAAGAACUGUUGAACCCAGAUUUUGCAGGUGAGUCUACACAACUAUGGAUAUAUGGCCCUAGUAUGACUGGAUCCAUCGCAAUUGUAUUACCGUAUAUACUUGAGUAUAAGUCGAGUUUUUCAGCAAAUUUUUUUGUACUGAAAAACCCCCACUCGACUUAUACUGGAGUCAAUGUCUGUAUUAUGGCAACUUAUAUUGCCAUUAUACAGACCAGGAGCUCCGGGCUCAUUACAAGCCCGGCGGUCCUGUUGGGGGCUGGCAGCGAGCUGUAACUUACCUUUCCUGCAGCUCCUGUCAGCUCCACUGUAAAUCUCGCGAGAGACACUGGGUCAGAGCGUUGCCACGGAUUACCAUGGCAAUGCUCCGUGCGGCAGUCACACCACGAGACUUACAGUGGAGGAGAAGGGAGCUGCAGGAAAGGUAAGUUACAGCUCUCUGCCAGCACCCCUCCUACACAGCCCAUCCACUGGACCACCAGGGAAUGAGAGCCCCAUUCCCUGGCCAGCUAAGAAGCAGGGAGGGGGCGAUGAAAAUAAAAAAUUAAAUAAUAUUAAAAUAAAAAAAUUAAUAUAAAUAAAUUUUUUUUUUUUUUAAAUGCCCACCCCCCCACCAAGGCUCUGCAUCGCAUACACACACACACACUGCAUGCAUUCACACGCACACACUGCAUACACACACACACACACACACACACACAAGCUGCGUUCAUUAUAUAUAUAUAUAUAUAUAUAUAUAUAUAUAUAUAUAUAUAUAUAUACACACACUGUAAAUAAAUAUUCAAUUAAUAUAAUAUUUUGGGGAUAUAAUUUUAUUUAGAAAUUUACCAGUAGCUGCUGCAUUUCCCACACUAGUCUUAUACUCGAGUCAAUACGUUUUCACAGUUUUUUGGGGUAAAAUUAGGGGUCUCGACUUAUAUUCGGGUCGACUUUUAUACUCUAGUAUAUACGGUAUUAUUAAAAAAAAAAAAAGUGUUUAUUUCACCUUAACCACAAUGGUUUGAUUAUGUGCUAGUGGUGCCUUUGUUUUCAUUGGGGAUACAGCCAAAAUGGCUUACAGAAACUGUUGGAAGCCUUAGCAUGUCCUCCACUUGUAACUCCACCCAGACAUUCUGUGGCUAUCAGAUUACAGACUUCCCAGUGCAGCCCAAUAAGAAGUAUUUGCAACAUAGGUGCUUUCAGCUAUUGCCUGCCUCUUGAGUUUAGUUCCACUUAAAGGGACGCUAUAGUCAGUUGGUGGGGAAAAAGGGAGGGCUUGUAAAGACUCCUGAUUGUUUGCUGUUUUUUUUACACCCCACUUAAAACAUGCAGUAAAACAAUAUAUUAAUGUUUAAGCGUAUUUUCUUUUAUCCAACAGCAAACCUCCCUACUCGGGAUGGUAGCCCAGAGGAUCCACCUUGCAUCAUCACUGCAUUGUGCGAGAUGUACGGUGGAAUUACAGUUGAGGCCAAGGGGAUUAAAGAACAUUACUUCAAACCAUAUAUUGCAAAGCUUUAUGAUAGAAUGGUAUGUACUGUGAUAAUUGCACACUUUUGUACUUUAUAUUAUGUUAAAGAGAACUAUAAUUUUAAUUUAAAAUUUUAUUUUUUGCCAUUUUAACACCAGAUUUUAAAAGGGGAAUGCCUCUUGGAUCUCUCUGCUUUUACAGAUAACAGGUGAGUCGGAUACUUAAAAUAGUUUCACACGUAAUGUUUUAACUUUUUCAAUGCUUAUUUUUGUUUUCAAAAUUGGAUACCAUUUGUUGUGAUUUAUUGAUCUCAAUAUUAGAAAUCUUCUGUAAAUAUACUUUUCUACUGUAUCCCACUAUUUCCAACAGCAAAGCCUUGAAUAAAGAGUAUGAAGAAUAUGUUCUAACAGUUGGCGAUUUUGACGAACGAGUGUUUCUAGAAGCUGAUGCAGAAGAGGAAAUUGGAACUCCGCAAAAAUUUUUGUCAAUGUCUACAGGUGUCUGUACACCUCAGAAACUGACAGAAUCAACCAUGCAGCAACAUUUUGAUAAGGUGCCUUUUCUUUGUAUUUUGAGAACACAAUGUCUGUUAGAUAGAGAUAUAUAUAUAUAUAUAUAUAUAUAUAUAUAUAUAUAUAUAUAUAUAUAUAUAUAUAUAUAUAUAUAUACAUAUAUAUAUAUGUGUGUUAUUGCCGUUUUAUAUAGCGCCAACAGAUUCCGUAGCGCUUUACAUUAUUAUGAGAAGAGAGAUAUAUAUAUAUAUAUAUAUAUAUAUAUAUAUAUAUAUAUAUAUAUAUAUAUAUAUAAUAUGACAAUUACAAGAAAACUUACAGGAACGAUAGGUUGAAGAGGACCCUGCUCAAACGAGCUUACAUUCUAUAGAAAGUGGGGUAUAAAACACAGGACCAGAAAUGGCCAUUAAAUAAUAUUCAUUACAGACUGUAACGGGGCGAUAUGGCUUUUGGGAAGACAAAUUAGGAAAGGGUUACAGUAAUCCAUUCGGGAAAUUACUAGAGAAUGGACAAGUUCCUUGGUAGCAUCUUGCGUGUGAAAGGGGUGGGUAUGGGCUGUGUUUUUAAGAUGGAAGCUGCAGGAUUUGGCAACAUACUGGAUGUGAGGCCAGAAUAAAGUACGACGCCAAGACAGCGCGCUUGCAAGGAUGCACUUUUGUGGAUACCACUAACUUGAAGGGAGAGCGAAAGAGUAGGAUCAGUAUUUUGAGGAGGAAAGACAAGGAGCUCAGUUUUAGAGAGAUUGUGUAUCAGAGAGCGGGAAGACAUCCAGUCAGAGAUGAAAGAAAGGCAAGCAGUGACAUGUUGCAGGACGGCAGGGGAGAGGUCCGGGGAGGAGAGAGAGAUCUGGGUGUCAUCAGCAUACAGGUGGUAGUGGAAUCCAAAUUAGGUAAUAAGUUUGCCAAGAGAGGCAGUAUAAAGAGAAAAUAGAAGGGACCAAGGACAGAGCCUUGGGGGACUCCAACCUAGACAGGAUGAGGGGAGGAGGUAUCAUUAGAAGAGUAGACGCAGAAUGAGCGCUGGGAGAGAUAAGAGGAAAACCACGAGAGGACAGAGACAGAGUGAUGGAAGAGUUUGAAGGAGAGCAUGAUCAGCUGUGUCAAAGGCAGCAGAGAGGUCAAGAAGAAUUAGUAUUGAGUAGUGGCCUUUGGAUUUAGCCGCGAUUAGGUCUUUAGUAACUUUGAUAAGAGCAGUCUCAGUAGAGUGGAGAGGUCGAAAGAAUAUAUAUGUAUAUCUCCCUCUCCCUAAAUGUAAAAUAUAUAAGAAGAAUGAGACUUUAAAAUGUAAUCUUAAAACCCCACCAGAGGGCGCUAAACACCAACCUUUAAAAUAAUGUGUGUUUUUUUUUGUUUGUUUGUUUUAGUUUUUUUGGUGCAGUUUAAUAAUCGUGUUUACUAUUGUCUUACAGGAAAGAUCCUUUGCACCAUCCACCCCACUGACAGGUAGGAGAUACCUGAAGGAGAAGGAGGUUGUAAUCACACCUGUUUCUUCAGCAACUCAGUGCGUGACUAAGUUGCAGAACAUGGUUGCUGGACUCAAAAAUGCACCAAGUGAACAGCUCAUCAGUGUGUUUAAGUAUGCAUCAUCAUGUAAUAUUUUUGUGAAGUGAAAUUUUUAAAGUAAUUUUUAUUUCCUUCCCCCUCCCCCCCCCUCCCUUUAUCAAUUUAAAUACUUUCCAGGUACACUCAAAUCACUAUAAUUUCUUCUCAUUGCAUACGUUCUAGUGGAGGAGGUCCUCUGUCUCUUUGAACAUAGUAGCUUGUAACUGCAGUGAAUUGCACAAAUUUCAAAAUGUUUGCAUUUUUAAUUCCCAGCAUCUAAGAAGUAAUCUACUCUUCUCAUCUUUUGAAACUGUCAAAUGAGAAGUCAUUAUGUAAUGGGGGCCACAUCCAGCUUACUCACCUCCCAGCAGCUCCCCAGUGUAACUCUCACGGAGCAUUGCCAUGGUAACCCGUGGCAACGCUCUGAUGGCCGCGGGUCUCGCGAGAGUUACACUGGGGAGCUGAAGGGGCUUCUAGGAGGUGGAUUGGGGGGGGGCAGCAAUGAGCCUGGCGGACCUAGGAGGUAUUAUCAGCAAUAUCGGUAUCUGGAUUGGCCGGUACUGAUAUUGCCGAAAAUACCAAAUAUCAGCAGAUUAUAUCGGUAAAACCGAUAAUCGGUCGAUCCCUAAUUAAUGCACUAGUCUAGUACUUUAGCUUAAGAUCAUUUUAUCCACCUGAAAGUCUAAGCAUCAUGAAGAACACAGUGCACAACAGCUGAAUUGCAAAGGUAGCCAUGUCAUGUAGGUAAAUAAUGAACUGAAUUAUUUGCUAACAUAGGUGAUUUGUAAGUAGCCUUGUUAAAUGUAAAACUGUAAUUUAAAAAAAAAGUGUGCUGUUCCUUUAACUGUAUUUUGUAAAUGUUUUGGUCUUUACGGCAGCACCACUGUUUGGAAAUGCAUGUUCCGGGUGUUCUCCCAAUUCUCAUAUUUUCUAUAUAAUGGAUAUAUGCAAUGACCUCCCUGUUUUGUGUGAUAGUGGAUGUAAACCACGUUAUUUAAAUCUGCAAAUAAUUUUUAGUGAAGUAUCCUUAAUUUGCAGCAUUGGCAAGCACAAACAAGAAUACAUACUUACAUUUAAAAGGCAAUCUUUGGAAAUGCUACGGUCAUAUAUGGCUUGUAUGCGGAUUUAGUAAUCUUGUCUAGGUAAAAUGAUCAUUUACAGUAUGAACAUUUGUCUAUCUUAUGCAAGCCCUGUCGUAUAAUUUGGCUGCCAUGUGAAUGGGAAAAAAAAUAAUUCCAUUUCUUUUCAGGUCUUGUGUUCGCAAUCCAAUGGACAAUAUAUUAAAUAUUGUCAGAGAUAUUGGAAAUAGCUUCUGCCAACACUACACACAAUCCACAGAAGAUCAAGCUGGUUCUCAUAUUGGUAAGCAUAUAUGUGUAUUGUCUUAGGGAUAUUACUAUUUUAGUCUUGUAUGGAAAUGACCCUACCUAGCUGUCCAUGAGCUAGAGCAAUGUGGACUGCAAGGGUUAUCUUGUUAUCUUAGUUUCUGCAAAUGAUUUUGAAGACCUUUUAGAUAAUAGAAUACAGAUGAGAUCAGAGACCUCAUCAAGAUAUUGGAGUUAGACCUGGAAUUGUAUGUAACUGAGGUGAAUCAUUUUUUGCUCAGCUCACGGAUAUUGAUAUUUUUAAUAUCUUGUGUUUUCAUAGUGGUCAUUUAAAACACAAAAGAAAAGGGGGGGAAAAAAAUCACACCUGUUAUUCAGUUUUUUUAUAUGAAACUGGAAUAAUUUGUAUUCUUUAUAACCCUUUUACAGAUUUUGCGAUCAAUAGACGUAAACUGGCAGAGAUUUUGUACUAUAACGUUUUGGAAACUAUAGUGGAUCAAGAGUUGCGUAGAUGUCAUGGAAAAGACAUGUCGGUAAGAUCCCCAGUUAAGUCAGUGUUCAUUUAUGGGUGGUGUUUUGUUUGUUUUUUUUGUUUUUUUUUUCCUCUGGGUUUUUUUAAUGUUUGUUCUGGGGGAGGUGCUAUUUGUUUUGAUUUUUUUUUUUUUUUUUUUACAUUUUUUUUUUUUUCCUCUCUCGUUUGUUGUACAUUUUCCCUUACUUAUUUUAUCCUCUUGGAUAACAUUGGUGAAACUAUAGUGCCAGAAAAACAAAGUUUUAACAAAGUUAAACCCCCCCCCUUCUGUCACUUACCUGAUUCCAGUGCCGAUAUCAUUCAGUGCUAGUUCAGGCUCGGCUUCUCCCCAACAGGAGUCAGCCUGUGGGGUAGACCUAAUGCGCAUGCGUGGCAAAUUGGCCGUGCUCCCAUUAGUAUGUUCCUCCAUAAGAAAGCAUGUAUAAUGCAUAGAGUGAGGAUGUCCAGCAUAAGUUAGGUGACCAAAAGUUGCCUGAUGACCCAGAAGUUCCUCUUCUGGCUCUCUCGUAGAUAGAGGUAGAGGUGGAGUUAACACUCAGAGGUAAUUAUUACACUUUAUUAAAAAAAAAAUAAUAACCUUAGCAGGGUUAAGGGACCUGGGACACUGCACCCAGACCACUUCAAUGAGCUGAAGUGGUCUGGGUGCCUAUAGUGUCCCUUUAAGUGGGUGCUUUGCAGAGGAAGCAAUGUAAUAUGACACAAUCAGCAGCUUGCUAACUUUUUACAUUAAAUGACCACUAUAGUGCCAGGAAAACAUACUUGCUUUCCUAGCACUAUAGGGUCUCUGGGUCCCCCUCCCGCCUGGCUCUAGUGGGUGGAAGGGGUUAAAUCUUAAUUGUUUUCCCCCGCCGUGCUCCCUCAGUGCGGGGAACUCUCCUCCUCCUUUUCCGCGCGCGCAUUCAGCCAGUGUAUAGGAAAGCAUUCUCAAUGCUUUUCUACGGAUGCUGACGUCUUCUCACUGUGAAAAUCACAGUGAGAAGCGCCUCUAGCGGCUGUCAAUGAGACAGCCACUAGGGUCUGGAUUAACCCAUAGGUAAACAUAGCAGUUUCUCUGAAACUGCUAUGUUUACAUCAAAAAGGGUUAAACCUAGAUGGACCUGGCACCCAGACCACUUCAUUAAGCUUGUCUUGAUAAAUUCUCAUACAGAGACGCAACGGUCAGACGUUUGGUCCAUCAACUUUAUUCCCAUCUGGAUUGUUGAUCUACAUCUUUAAGGUAACCGCUGCCUUUUUUGAAGUUACCGGCCACAGCUUACCUCGUGUCUCCAGCUAGAGGUGUUCCCCUGUCUCGAUUUAAGUAUCGGAGAGAAGAUUAGCCUGUCUAGGCAGCACAGCUAGCUGUGUGAAUGCAUACAUAUAUGAGCACUCUGCUAUUUAGGGGUUGAGCUCGCUGGUCAUCUGGACCUCUGGGAUCCUCACUGACUGCAUCACAUCUUUCUCAGCGUGGAGGGUGCCCCCCACGGAUAAGUACUCUUAGUCAUAUGCAUACUUGCUUUUUAUGUUUGAUUUAUUAUUUCAUGCAGGAUGAUUUUAUAAUCUCAGAUCUGUAGUACUCCAUAUUAUUACUGUGACUUUAUGCACAUUUUCCUACCUGCUUUUUUUCCCCACUGUUUAAUGGAUUGAUACCUUUUUUAUAAGGGAUUUCCCCUAAAGCAUUUUAGCCCAAAUAGUGUGGAGUUUGUACCUGUGUUUGUUGUUCAGGUUUACAUACAAUAUCUACCUUGUUUGUUACUUCUCUACAUUAGUAACACUGUGACUAUAGUUAUCUAUGGCAUUAUAGUCACACAGAUUUUGUAGAUCAGUAUCUAAUGCUUACAGUAAUAUAUUGUCCUUUUGAGGUUUGAUUGUAUCUAGUGUUUGUAUUUAUUAAAGUUCUAUUUGCUCUUUCAUUUGUGUUUUUAUAUUGUGUUUUUAUAACAGGAGUGCUUACAUGAUUUAUUCAAAUUUCAGUUUGCUAGAAUUCUGACAUAAGUGAAUAACUUAGCUUAAGACUGCAGAAUGUUACUUUCAAGUUUAUACAACAUACUUUCCAAGUUGCUUGAAUUAUGACUUUAAAUGUUUUCAGGUUCUUUUAGAACAUGAUAUCUUGCAUCGUUCAUUGAUGGCUUGUUGUCUCGAAAUUGUACUUUUUGCGUACAGUUCUCCUCGCAUUUUCCCAUGGAUCAUUGAAGUUUUGAAGCUCAGUCCUUUUAACUUCUACAAGGUAACCCUUGCUUGACACUUUUUGGCAUUUGCUUUCUUUAAAUGAUGAGGUAAUCAGGUCAACACCUGGACUCCACUCUUGUGGCAAAAUCCUUAUCACCUUGUUUCUUUAGAGACCUAUGUUCAAGGUUUAAUGGUUAUUUUGGUUGUAUCAUGAUUAAAUGGAGAUUUAUAAAACUAGAGGAUUUGCCUAUUGUAAUUCCUCUAGAUUUAUAGUCCAAACACAGUACAGUAGUUUUAAAGCUGAGGGGGGGAGGGGGGGGUGUUGGGGUGCGUGUAGAUCUAUACAUGCAUAUAAAUGUGUAUCUAUUAUAACAUAAAGAGUGGUUGUCUCCGUUAAAUGAUAGCUCACAUAUUUUAAAUCUCCGCAGGUCAUUGAAGUUUUUAUCCGGUCAGAAGAUGGACUGUCCCGAGAUAUGGUGAAACACCUCAACAGCAUCGAAGAGCAGAUUUUGGAAAGCCUUGCCUGGACAAGUGAUUCUGUUCUUUGGGAGUUGGUGGAAGCUACAGAGACUGUGCCAACUUAUGAAGAGGUCUGUUUCUGCAGUUGCCUUAUUAGAAAUGGUUUAUAAUAGUACCGCAUUGAUGUGACCAAUGAGUGUAUAUCAUGGCAUUUUAUAUGUAUAUUUUAUAUUGUGAGUUCAAUACGCUGUAAGACUUUUAAUAUGUGUAUUGUGUUGGGCGUGAUAUAUAGAUUUUUUUUAUUUAUUUUUUUUAAGCUCGUUAUUCUCCAAACAGUCCCGUCCAACCACAUAAUCUUUCAAAACUCCACAUCCACUACAUCACGCAGUUCCAUAAUAUAGUCCAUGAUUACAAACCUUUACUUGCCAGACUUAUACUGUGAGUGUGUAGCACAUUUCCCUGCAUGGCUCGGGACCACAGUUCUCUGAACUGUGACAAAUAAACUUUUGUGUGAUUGUCUUUUGUGUAAGAUCACAUAUUCCUGCAUAGACAGAAGAUGGAUUUGCAAGUUGUGAGUAGGCUUUGGGAAAUAGGUACUCGACACAACACAUUAUAUUUUAAAUAGUUGUUAUCCAGAAAAUGUGAAAAAAGAAAAAAAAAAAAGCACUCCAGCUAUGUGAAGAUCCGGGUGCUAAACUGGACCAACAGCUGGCCAGCACCAGCCCCAGAGAGUAUCGGUGAUAGAAAGAGGAUCCAGGCACUCAAAGUAUCUUUAAAUUCAUUUAUUUAGAAAAGUGAGACACAACAGCGUUUCGAUCCAUGAAGGGGUCUUUGUCAAGCUACAUCACACCAGAGAUAACCAUGUAUAGGCAAAAGCAUAGUGAAAAUGUAAAACAAAUUUCUUAAGUGAUCAAUAACAAUCUAUAAUUAACAUAGACUGAAUUUACUAUACCAAUGUUUAAUUAUAGAUUAAUUGAUCAUUUAGUGAGUUUGUUUUACACUUUCACUAUGCUUUUGCCUAUAAAUGGUUGUUAUUUCUGGUGUGAUGUAGCUUGACAAAGACCCUUUUAGGGGUCGAAAUGUUGCUCCUCCACUGAUGUUCACACAUAUAAGAAAAAUGAGAUGGAAUAUAGCGUUUUCUGCAUAAUAUUAAAUAUGGAUAGAAUUGAAAAUCUACUCUAUUGUGCUUCAGGUAAUGCCAGGAACAAUGAACGAGUAAUAAAAAUAACAACAAAGGCUGGCAGGUUCAAAAACAUAGGAACCUCAGGGCUUUAUUGAUAAUAACAAUAUAAAAUAAAAAAUACAAUAAUCCAACAGUGCGUUUUAUCAAUAAGGCCUUUUCAAGUAGCUAUGGGGAAUGGGUACUUGACACAACACAUUACAUUGAAAUAGUUGUAAUCCAGAAAAUGUAAGACAUAAAAUUUGUUUUUUAAAAUGGAAGUGUAUUUACUUAUUGAACAUCUGGUCACAAAAAUCCAUUGUACCUGCUGUUCUGGUGAUUGCCAUCUUGAAACCGAUUGAGGAAAAUAGACAUUCACAGGGUUAUGUACUGAACUCAGAAUUGUAAAGAAUUAAAUCGGAAUUAAAACUCUGUGACUAUACUUAAUAUUGGGAAUUUUUCUAAAUCCGAUAUUAUAGCCUUGAGUUUUAGCUCUAAUUUGCUUAAAUUCUUGGUUUACUUAAUAGUCCUGUUAAUUUUACUUGUAUUAUCACCUAUCAUUUUAUUUACAACAGCGUUGCAGAGAUGACUUCUAUUUGGUGGUAUUAAUAUUUUUCUUUUGUGUGUGUGUGUUUUGUUUUUCAUAUAAAGGUUAUGAUUCCCACCAACUUUGAAUCUGGUAACGAAGCAGGUUUAGGCCAUUUGCCAAUGAUGCCGGCUUCUCCAAUAAUUCACCCUCGUUUGAAAGAAGUGCGAACAGACCUGGGUGGGCCUUUCAAGCGGGGUAAGGAUUGUUUUAAGUGCUUGUGCAUGAUUAUUCCUGUCUGUAAAAUCAUAGAUCCAUUACCCUUAAAAUAGUUUGAACUUUUUUGCAAAAAAAAUGAGGCGGUAUUGAUGGUAGCCAUGUGUUAUUUCCUUAUUUCCACAGAGAUAAAUGAUCUUUUUAUUUUCUUCCUUUUCUUUUGACUGUGGCAGUAUAUAAACCAAUACAUUCAGAUGCACACUGAACAAAAUAAUAAACGCAACACUUUUUUUUGUUUUUUCCCCCAUUUUUUAUGAGCUGAACUUAAAGAUCUAAGACAUUUUAGAGUAGCCUUACAUUGUGGCCAGCCUAAGGCACAGCUUUGCAAUAAUCAUAUUGACUAAUCAGCAUCUUGAUAUGCAACACCUGUGAGGUGGAUGGAUUAUCUCGGCAAAGGAGAAGUGUUCACUAAAACAGAUUUGUGAACAAUAUUUGAGAGAAAUAGGCUUUUUGUGUACACAGAAAAAGUCUUAGAUCUUUGAGUUAAGCUCAUGAAAAAUGGGGGCAAAAACAAGUGUUGCAUUUAUAAUUUUGUUCAAUGUAUAACAUUUUGCAUAAUCUAGUCUAAAUUGGUGGCUUUGUGGAUUGUUAAUAAGCAGCUGUUAAUGUAGGUAAAAACACUAAACUAGGUAUGUGUUAUCAAAUUGUCACAUUUGUUUUGCAGUCUGUCUGUAUUUGAUUCCAGAAAGUUGAAAUAAAAUGGCAGAUUCAUAAGUAGAGGAAUAUGAAUUUUGAGUAGGCAUAAGAAAAUCUAAUUUAAUGGAACACUAUAGGGUCAGAAACACAAACCUGUAUUCCUGACCCUUUAGUGUUAAACCCACAAUCUAGCCCCCCUCUCCCCCCUUGCCCCCAUAAAUAUAGUAAAAUCUUGUUUGUUCAAGUCUGCAGCUGCUGCCUCUUCCCCUGAUCUGCCUGCUUGGCUGACAUCAGAGGUCAUUCUCUAAGCCAAUCACAAUGCUUUUGAUUAGGAUUGUCUGAGACUGUCAAAGAGGCAGAUCAGGGGUAGUGCCAGCACAAACCAAACACAGCUCUGGCCAAUCAGCAUCUCAUAGAUCAAUGCAUCUCUAUGAGGAAAGUUCAGUGUGUCUCUGCAGAGGGUGGAGAAACUGAAUUGCGGUACUGCACAGUGUGCAGCACUGCCCCAGGAAGCACCUCUAGUAGCCAUCUGAGGAGGGGCAGUGGAGUUAUCACUAGGCUGUAAUGUAAAGACUGCAUUUUGUCUGGAAAAAAAGUGUUUACUGCAAAAAGCCCUAAGGGAAUGAUUCCACUCAGCAGAACAAAUGCAACUAGAAAAGCUACAAUUUCUGGGGAAAUUGUGUAAAGGGUUCUUGCCUCCACCAGUAGUCUCCAACUGAAGUGGGCGGAGUAACUGUUUUUAUUUAUUUAUAUAGCACAUUUAAUUGCAACGUUGUUGCCCAAAGUGCUUCACAGUUACAUUAACCCCUUAGCGACCGAGGACGGUUCAGGACAGUCAUCGGCAUUUUUGCCUUGAGGACCGAUGACGGUCCUGAACCGUCCUAACGGUCUGGGGGUACUUACCUGAUCGCCGUCGUUCCCCCGGCGGCGAUCAGUGUUCCUCCGGUUGUGGGGAGACUGCCUGCAGCCCAGACAGUCUCCCCACACUGAUUUAGGACCCCUGUGGCCAUGUGAUCGCUUAACACAGCGAUCACAUGGUCACAAUAGGUGUCCAUAGUGCUGCCUGCAGGGGGACUGUCUGUGCUGACAGGCAGUCUCCCUGCUAAUGUAAAAUCAAAAAUAAAAAUAAAGUUAAUGGUAAUAAAAAAAAUAAUAAUAAUUAUAUAGGUGUAUAUAUGAUAUAUAGACAUAUAAUAUAUCUAUAUAAUAUAUGUCUAUAUAUCAUCUAUAUAAUGCCAUACUAAGUGUAUUUUUAUAUUAAUAUGUACUUAUAUUAAUAUAAAAAUACACUUAUAAUUAAAUUACACACGUGUGUAUAUAUAUAUAUAAUAUAUAUAAUUAUAUAUAUUGUGUGUGUGUGUAUAUAUAUAUAUAAUUAUAAAAUAUAAAUAAUAAGUAAUUUAAAUUAAAUAAAAAAAAUUUAAAAUAAUAAAAAAAUAAAAAAAAUUAUAUAUCUAUAUGAAAUUUUAUUCUAACUGUAUUUUAAAAUUAAUAUAUAUAUAUUUAUAUCAAAAUACACUUAGAAUGAAUUUGUAUAUAUAUCUAUGUAUAUAAAAAUAAAUAAAAAUAAUAAGAAAUAUACAUACGUCCAUAUACAAAAUUACAUAAAUAAUUAUAUAAAUAUACACGUAGACUUCAAAUAUAUAAAUAUGCAUAUAUAUUUAAAUUCUACGUGCGUAUUUAUGUAAUAGUUUUACAUAAUUCAGUAAUUUUAUUGAUUGCAAUUUAAGGGACCUGUCUGCCAACCCAGGCCGAAAUUCCAGAGAAUUGAAUUUGCUAGCACUGUAUUUUACCCUGUAAUGUUCUACGACACCCUAAAACCUGUACAUGGGGGGUACUGUUUUACUCGGGAGACUUCGCUGAACACAAAUAUUAGUGAUUCAAAACAGUAAAACAUAUCACAGCGAUGAUAUUGUCAGUGAAAGUGACUUUUUUUGCAUUUUUCACACACAAACAGCACUUUUACUGAUGAUAUAAUUGUUGUGAUACGUUUUCCAGUUUUUAAACACUAAUAUUUGUGUUCAGCGAUGUCUCCCGAGUAAAACAGUACCCCCCAUGUACAGGUUUUAUAGCAUUUUUGAAAGUUACAAGGUCAAAUAUAUGGGUCAAAUAUUUUACAUUGAAAAUGGCCAGGUUGGUUACGUUGCCUUUGAGAGCGUAUGGUAGCCCAGGAAUGAGAAUUACCCCCAUGAUGGCAUACCAUUUGCAAAAGAAGACAACCCAAGGUAUUGCAAAUGGGGUAUGUCCAGUCUUUUUUAGUAACCACUUGGUCACAAACACUGGCCAAAAUUAGCGUUCAAUUUAGUUUUUUUACUUUUUUCACACACAAACAAAUAUGAAUUCUUACUUUGGCCAGUGUUUUUCGACUAAGUGGCUACUAAAAAAGACUGGACAUACCCCAUAUUGAAUACCCUGGGUUGUCUACUUUAAAAAAAAUAUGUACAUGUGGGGUGUUAUUCAGAGAUUUAUGACAGAUAAUAGUGUUACAAUGUCACUAUUGAUAAAUUUAACAAAUUUAUGUUUUGAAACCGCAAUAUUCUACUUGUACCUAUAGCCCUAUAACAUGCAAAAAAAAGCAAAAAAAGCACGUAAACACGGGGUAUUUUUAAACUCAGGACAAAAUUUUGAAUCUAUUUAGCAGUUUUUUUAAUUCGCUUUUGUAGAUGAGUAAAAGAUUUUUCAAGUAAAAGUCAAAAAACAUGUAUUUUUUUCAAUUUUUCAUCAUAUUUUUUUAUUUUUUAAAAUUAAAAUACAUGAGAUUAUAUAAAUAAUGGUAUGUAAAGAAAGCCCCUUUUGUCCUGAAAAAAACAAUAUAUAAUUUGUAUGGGAACAGUAAAUGAGAAAGCGGAAAAUUACAGCCAAACACAAACACCACAAAAGUGUAAAAUAUGCCUGGUCGCAAAUGUACAACAUCGCAAAAACAGUCCAGUCCUUAAGGGGUUAAAACAUACAUUUAUAAAAACAUUAGCAGGUGUACAAAAGGCCCUGUCUAUGACAUCACUUGCUGCUCCAGCCUGGCACAGGUCAGAGUAUUUUGGCGGUUGCCAUUUUUAAACAGUCGUAUUUUAGAAACUGUAAAGCCUACACGAAGACCUUUAUAUUGUGAGAAUCACAAGUCCCAGACCUACAUUUUUAACUACAUGCAUAGUAUGUCUCUGAAGUAUUAAGAAUGAAGGCACAGUCGCAGUUUAGAAAUUGCCCUUCAAGUUUGAGCUGGCUAGAGUGCAGUUUCAAUGAAUGUCAAUGGACGGCGUGAGUUGCGAACAAAUGGUCAUGUUGUGAAAACUAUCAGGACUGUGGCUUAGCCGUGGACAUUUUUAGUGGCAGCAGGGAUAGCUGAACGUUUUGAUAUAAGAUUUGUGUAGGUGGUCUUGAAAAUGAGGGAGUGGUGGCAGUUUAGAAAUCAUGUCCUGAUUUUUCAGCUUUUGCCAGCUCCCACUCUAGUUUUGAACAUUUUGCCAUUCAUUCCUAUGGGACCAAUUUCGCCACAAGAACGACGAUAUUCCGUGAACCAUUUGGCAAAACGUUCCACAAAGUAAUAGCAAUCCAAUCGGGAACAAUCCGCACGUUCGGUAUAUUACUGUCUAUGUAGUGUAAAAACUGUGGGAGGAGUUAGGGUGGUUAAUUUGGCUAUAAUAAUAAUAAUAUAUGCGAGAUAACAUUAAGUGGUCUUGCUAUGCAAGAACACUUAAUAAGCUGUAGUUGUUGUGGUGACUAUAAUGUCCUUUUAAUUAUAUUUCUUGGCUUUGAUUCUGAAACCAAUGCAAGGAGAUGAUUGUGGGUUUAUUUUAUUUUUUUACAUGCCACUGAAUUCUUUAAAAUAAAAAUGUAAAAUAUCCCUUAUGUUUAAAUCCAAGUUACCUCUUUCUACCAUCUAGAUAUGCAACCGCUGUCUCCUCUGUCUGUUCAUGACCGCUACAGUUCUCCUGCUGCUGGAAGCGCAAAGAGGAGGCUUUUUGAUGAUUCUCCAGCAGAGAAAAUGACCACACCAGAUAUCACCAGGAUCAGAAUUACUGUGAAGCCUCUAGAGCGCCUGUGUCUGUCUCCAGAUAAACCCAUUGUACCUAUAGUCCAGAAAUGUAUUUUUCCUGUUCACUGUAAGUACACCUUCCCCAGACGAUUUGUGACCAUGAUAUGCAAUAACUGUGAUUGUGUGAUGUGUAAUUUUUUUAUUUUAGUAAAGACAUCACCACAACAUGAAAAUGGGGUUCAGAUCCCUCUUACUGCCCAUGCUCUGAUCAGUCCAUCUACAAAGCGCCAGCAGGGCAGAGUCCAGGAAUCCUGUCCAACAUCAGUUGGAAAGCCCAAGAAAACUGGUUCUCUUGCUCUCUUCUUUAGAAAGGUAAGAGUUACAUGGUUUAUUGAGAAAUGGCAGUAACCUUUUAUUAAUUAUCUGUUGUAUUGCCCUUACAUUUAUAUCACUAUCUCAAUAGCAGUAUUAUUCUUCCUGAAUGCCUGUUUGGUGUCAGUAGAACCCAGGGUUGUGACUUCAUGUAAAUAAUGAAAAUAUAGAGAAAUCAAAGGUACUCUACAGUCUGGAGUUGAUACAUGAUGUGGAAACCUGACCAUUGCACCUGGAAAUCCUAUUUGGAAUUGGGCCCCCCUUUUUUUUGUAUCUACAACAGCCGUCACCCUUCUGGGAAGGCUUUCCACAAGUUUUUGGAUUGUUUGUGGGUAUCUUAACCGAUUCAACUAAAAGAGCAUUUGUGAGGUCAGGCAUUAAAGGAACACUAUAGCGUUGGGAAUACAAAUAUGUUCCUAACGCUAGAUAUCCCAUGUCACCUAGGACCCCAUUCCGUGGCGAAUAAAUGGUUAACCAUUUGCCUACCGUAAUUCAGGGCCAGGCUUCCUCUGCACUGGUGACCUCUCCUCCUCCAGCGACGUCUGCUUCCGAGUAGAGCCGAAUGCACAUGCGCAGCCAGAGACUCGUGCGCGCAUUCAAACCCGCCCGUAGGAAACAAUUACUCAAUGCUUUUUUGACACUGGACUCCUUGAGGACAACCAGCGUCAAAUAAGUGCGAUUUUUCUCUGUGUAAAUCGCAGAAGCGGCCUCUAGCGGCUGUCAGGGAGACAGCCACUAGAUGCUGGAUUAACCCUGCAGUGUAAACCUGGCAGUUUCUCUGAAACUGCUAUGUUUUCAGCUGCAGGGUUAAAACUAGUGGGACCUUGCAACCAGAAAAAGUCUCUCACAGCUGGUUUUGGAGUUAAUCACAAAUGUAUUCAGUGGGGUUUAGAUCAGGGAUUUUGGUAGGCCUCAAUAAGAAAUUCAUCAAUACAUGUCAUCAUUGACUUCGUUUUGUGCAUAAACCUAGUUCAAAAGCUUUUACAAGAUGUACACAUGCAUAGUGCCUCUUGCAAUAUUUAAAGGAACACUAUAGGGUCAGGAACAUAAACCUGUAUUCCUGACCUUAUAGUCUUAAAACCACCAUCUAGCCCCCCUGGGCCCAUCAUGCCUCCAUAAAUAUAGCAAAGUUUUACUGUAUUCAAGCCUGAAGCUGUAGAUCUGCAUGUUGUUUGCCUCAUAAAAACAAGCAGUCUGCUGACAUCAUCAGAAGUGGUAGCCUGAUCCAAUCAUAGUGCUUCUCCAUAGGAUUGGCUGACAAGGAGGCAGAUCAGGGGAAGAGCCAGAACAAUUCAAACACAGCCCUGGCCAAUCAACAUGUCCUCAUAGAGAUGAAUUGAAUCAAUGAAUCUCUAUGAGGAAAGUUCAGUGUCUGCAUGCAGAUGGAGGAGACACUGAAUGUUUGGAUGCAUUUUAGGCAGCCAUGACCCAGGAAGGAUCUCUAACAGCCAUCUGAGGAGUGGCCAGGGAAGUUAUCACUAGGCUGUAAUGUAAACACUGCAUUUUCUCUGAAAAGACAGUGUUUACAUAAAAAAUCCUGAAGGUAAUGAUUCUACUCACCAGAACAAAUUCAAUAAGCUGUAGUUGUUCUGGUGACAAUAAUGUCCCUUUAAGAAUUUUGCUGAACACUAUCAUUUGUAAAAUUUUGAUUUGUCUGGAAUUGUACCGUUUGCAUUCUGGCUUGUUCUGCAUGUGCAUCUAACUAUUUUUAGUGGCAUCCUAGACAAAUGUGUUCUUUCAGUGCCUUAGAUUUUGUUUGUGUGGUUUUUUUUUUUUUUGGUUUUUUUUUCAGUACUAGGCUUAUCCUGGAACAUGUCCUAUUGACACAUGAAUACCUGAGCACAGACUUUAUCACUCGCAGAUAUUCUGUACUACCUCCAAUAGUUUGCUUGAAACAAGAAUUACUGUUGCAGGGAUUUCUGCUCACUGUAUAACCUGUAUUCCAUAGGUAUACCAUUUAGCUAGUGUUCGCCUGCGAGACUUGUGCUUGAAGUUAGAUGUUUCCAAUGAUUUGAGACGAAAGAUCUGGACUCUGUUUGAAUAUUCAUUAGUCCAUUGCGUAGACCUGAUGAGAGACAGGCACUUGGACCAGCUUCUCCUCUGUGCUGUAUAUAUCAUGGCAAAGGUGAGUUUUCAGAGUAUUCAAAUUUAAAAUAGUUUUCUUGUACUGCAUUAUUUUACAUGUUUGGUGUUUAAUUACUUCAUCCUGCCGAUGUGGGUUCUUGCUCUGUUGCUGAAGCUGUGAUUGAGUGUGUGUAUUUUGUGUAGUUGUCGCUGUUAUUUCUUGGCUUGUGUGUGAAACCCUUCUUGACACACAGCCUAUGAAUUAGUAAUCUGGAAGACACAUGACUCUGUACGUUGAUAGACGAAGUAACAAGUUAUAUAAAGGCAGCGCAGAAGCUAAGUCUAACUUCUGCCAAGAAUACCAUGUGUACAUACAAAUAAUAUAUUUGUCACUGAGGAGACACUAAAGCAAGGUACAUACUUGUAUAUACAUCAAAAAAUGCAUUAGAAUGAAAUUGACAGUGGCAUUGACUGAAUUAUCGCUAAACUUCAGUAGAAUACAUGAGGCAGAGUUCUGUUAUAUAAUAGCUCUUUUACUAGAACAUUUUAAGUACCUUGUAUGAAGAUGUGCUAUGAUUGCAAAGUCUCGUAUUGGAUACUGUUCAUAUGAGUGACUCUGAGCAUAGAAUUUUUCAAACUCAUGGCUUUUCCUAUAUUAUUGCUUCUCUUACUCAGUGUGAGAAGAUGGAACUCUGCUGUCUCUUGGGGUUUUGUUCUUAUCCUGCUCCCUUCCUUUCUUUGGUGUGCUCUAUUACUUGUGGAGCAGGCUCUGAGGGAUUGUUCUGCAGUACUUCUCCAGUAUGGUCUGUUUGCUACAUUAAUAAAGAUGCUCAUGUACUAGUCCUUGAUCUUGUGUGGGGAUUUCAUGGUCUUUAAUUUCCUUAUUUUACCUGGUAUACCAUUAUUAUUAAAUGUGUGUAUUUUUUUUAUCCUGGAAUUCCACAGACAAUUUUCUUGGCACGUGUUAGUCUGUCAAUUCUAUGAACAUGCACAAUUUAUACAAUUUAAUUCUUUCCAACGUUGGACAGCAUUUAUUUCAUGUGGAAAUGUAACAUCUACAGAAGCAAUAUGGCAACACAUGAGCUGGGUUUUGAGUGUAUGGGUAACCCUUGAUUGAUUGAAACUGCUUAAAAAUUGCUCAAGUUUUCAAAGAGAAAGUGUUUAAAUGUGAGGUGAAAGAAAUAUAGCAAAACUGGGACAGGGGAUCUCCUAGCACCAUAAUGAAUUAAAUAAACAUAAUUUGUGAUGGUGCCUGCAAUUUUAUUUCAAAAAAAUUAAUCUUGCGCAGAAUGUUAUUGUAUUACUUUACAAUAUUCAUUAGCACUACUAAAAUGUGAUAAUUAUAACUGUAAAAUAUUGCAAACUUGUAAGUCCAUGGGUGGCUUCAUGUGCAGCUGCACAAACUCUAAGUGAAUAAUGAUGAACUCAUGUACACGGCCACUAACCAUGUUGCAAGAGGAUGAAGAGAUGACAGGCAAGUUUCUGCAUAUUUGCUGGAAACUAAAUUUGUUUUGGUUCUUUGGCGCCCCACAUAGCUGUUUCCAUAGUAUGAGGAAGGCUUUGCUGGGGGAGCCUAUCACUGGUUGACAAAGGACCAACUUGGAGUUCAAACACUACAUAACAAUUUGAGCGCUACACAUAGCUCAUCUUUCCAAUGAUAACUGGAGAUUCCAUUUACCCUGGUGGUAAUUUUUAAUGCAUGAUAAUCUAUUCCGUCAACAAGUAUUAGAGCCCUGCACAUACACCGUCAUGUUUCCUAUUAAUGUAAUUAAUAUAGAACAUGCUGUGAAAACCUGCUUUUAAAAAUUGAAAGGGUUGACUACCAAUACAAUUCAAGGAACACUAGAGUCUCAGGAAUACAAACAUAUAUUCCUGACACUAUAGUUGUAAAACUACAGUGGGGGUUGCCGGCUCCUGUCUGCUUAUUUUAAAACGAGGAUUUUACUCUCCUUCCAAUUUGAUCUCAGCCAAUCCAGUGCUUUCUUAUAGAAAAGCAUUGGGAGGCUAUUGCACAGCGCCACACUACACCAAUUAGAAUAUCCUCAUGCGCGGAGAUGUUGAAUGUCAGUGCUGCACACGUGCACAACUGACCCAGGAAGCACUUCUAGUAGCCGUCUGAGUGAUUACUGCAUAGGAACACUUCUAGUAGCAAUGUAAAUAUUACCUUUUCACUGAAAAGGCAGUGCUUACAUUAACAAUCCUGCAGUGACAGGCUGUAGACACCAGAACAACUACAUUAAGCUGUAGUUGUUCUGGUGACUAUAGUGUCUGUUUAAGUUUUACCUGCCAUUGAUUUGGUUCUUAUUGAAUAUAGUGGGCUUUUUAUUUUUUCUUUACGUACAAAUCAGUUGAUAAGCAUGUUUUCGAACCAGAAUUCUGCGUAUAUUUCCGGUAUUUUGUUAAAGCAAGUUUUUUUUGUUUUGUUUAACAUUUUUUCAGUGCAAUGCAUGAACCAUACUUCAAUCAAUAGUAGUUGAGUAGAGUCAUAAUAAGGCAUGGGCUUUGGAACAUUGGUAAUAUGCACCUUUUUAUAGUUGUAUAUAACAUGUAAAUGUAGGCCUAGGUGUCAUUGUAGGUGACUUAGCUUGUGGUGGGUGUUCGGGUGGGUAGUUUGCCCACAGGGAUCCUGGGGGGGUAUUGUAGUUGAGGUCUCUUCAUAUAUGUGUGCGUGAUAGUGAGUAAGAAGUGUAGUAUAUGGAGAGCGGGUUGUGUGGUCCUAUAUGCGUGAAGUCUGCUCUACUCAGGAGUUUUAAUGUAGCUGGUCAAUGCGGCUACUCAAGCUUGUGGUGUUGGUCUGUGCUUUUGGUGUAAUUGCUCCUAGCCGAGGGAGCAGUGGGGGAGGGGUGAAAGAUGCCGUUCGUUUCGUUUGGCUAAGAGUAUGUUGUGCGGAUGUCUGCGAACUGUGACAUUAUGAUUUGGAGCUGUGCUGUAAAAGUUGUGUCAUACAUUAGUGGGAGAAGAGAAGAUCAAUAAAAAAUACCUUUCUGCAGUCAUUUUAGACUCUCCAUGGCAUUGCUUGAGUAGAGCAGUUUCCGACAGGAGUUCAGGUGCCAUACAUCAACUCAGUUCCGAUUUGCUGUCGUGGUUCCGUAGCCUGGGAUUUCCUGAUCCUUGGGACAAAGGGAACAGCGUGUUUGGGAUCCCAAGAUUCAGUGGUGGGUCUUGCAGGUGGGUCAGAGAUGUCAGUCCCAAAGCUUCCAGGAAUGUGGGUGCUUCCUCCAGGUCAAUGAAGGCUUCUGGCUGCGGUGAUUGAGCUGCUCGAGUGUCCAGUGGGGCCACAGGCCCUGUUUGCUCGAGUGGGUGAGUGAAGUUAGUGGAGCACGGGGUUUCCACGAGAGCUGGUUUAGGCGGUAUGGGCUUCUGUAGCAUGGCCCCGAUGUCCCUGCUGCGGCAUGCGGUUUCUGUAAACGGCGACCCAUAGCUGACGUGGGCUGAUGGGACGGUUGUUGUGGGGAUAGAUUCAUCUCCCAGUCUCUUAGCCGCGGCGCUGCAAAAAAGGCCUGGGAGUGUCAGCGUGAGGUAGGCCCCAGUUUUUCGCCUCAGUUUAGGCUGGUUCGGUGUCAGAAAGAAUGGCCUCUAUCGCCCCAGUGAGUUUUGAGGUCCAGCUGGGAACUUUGGAGGGGUGGAUGGGCUGCCUAUAGCGAGAUAUUCUGUGGAUGUUAGUUUUGUUGAGGAGCAUCGAGGAAUGGCACCCGUUCAGGUUGAUGGUCAAGCUCCGCCUUUGCAAACCUGUUUUUUAAUAGAUAAAUUGGUUAACUACCAAGAGAGUCUUGUUACUAGGCUUAUGUACAAAUCCCUUUCAUCUGUGAUGAACAAAUGAAAUGCCUGUUGAUCUAUGGUUAAACGCAUAGAUUAAUUCGGUGUUUACCUCACUAAUCGAUAUGGGUUUUUUUUUUUCUCUUAGCUUGAUAGCAUGUGAUUCAUUCAGCGCAGCUAAUAGGUAUUUAUGCACAAUUCUAUUAGUUACACUUGCAGUUGAUGUGCUCCCUGCACACCAACUUUCUUUUCAGAGAUAUAUAUAUAUAUAUAUAUAUAUAUAUAUAUAUAUAUAUAUAUAUAUAUAUAUAUAUAUAUAUAUUAAUAUUAAAAAGUAUGUGAACCCUUUGGAAUGAUAUGGAUUUCUGCACAAAUUGGUCAUAAAAUGUGAUCUGAUCAUCAUCUAAGUCACAACAAUAGACAAUCACAGUGUGCUUAAACUAAUAACACACAAAGAAUUAAAUGUUGCCAUGUUUUUAUUGAACACACCAUGUAAACAUUCACAGUGCAGGUGGAAAAAGUAUGUGAACUCCUAGACUGACAUCUCCAAGAGCUAAUUGGAGUGAGAUGUCAGCCAACUGGAGUCCAAUCAAUGAGAUGAGAUUGGAGGUGUUGGUUACAGCUGCCCUGCCCUAUUAAAAAAAAAAAAAAAAAACACACCAGUUCUGGGUUUGCUUUUCACAAGAAGCAUUGCCUGAUGUGAAUGAUGCCUUGCAUAAAGCUGGAAAGGGUUAUAAAAGUAUCUCCAAAAGCCUUGCUGUUCAUCAGUCCACGGUAAGACAAAUUGUCUAUAAAUGGAGAACGUUCAGCACUGCUGCUACUCUCCCUAGGAGUGGCCGUCCUGUAAAGAUGACUGCAAGAGCACUGCACAGACUGCUCAAUGAGGUGAAGAAGAAUCCUAGAGUGUCAGCUAAAGACUUACAAAAGUCACUGGCAAAUGCUAACAUCUCUGUUGGCGAAUCUACAAUACGUAAAACACUAAACAAGAAUGGAUUUCAUGGGAGGAUACCACAGAGGAAGCCACUGCUGUCCAAACAAAACAUAGCUGCACGUUUACAGUUUGCACAAGAGCACCUGGAUGUUCCACAGCAGUACUGGCAAAAUAUUCUGUGGACAGAUGAAACCAAAGUUGAGUUGUUUGGAAGAAACACACAACACUAUGUGUGGCGUAAAAAAGGCACAGCACACCAACAUCAAAACCUCAUCCCAACUGUGAAGUAUGGUGGUGGGGGCAUCAUGGUUUGGGGCUGCUUUGCUGCAUCAGGGUCUGGACGGAUUGCUAUCAUCGAAGGAAAAAUGAAUUCCCAAGUUUAUCAAGACAUUUUGCAGGAGAACUUAAGGCCAUCUGUCUACCAGCUGAAGCUCAACAGAAGAUGGGUGUUGCAACAGGACAAUGACCCAAAGCAUAGAAGUUAAUCAACAGAAUGGCUUAAACAGAAGAAAAUACGCCGUCUGAAGUGACCCAGUCAGAGUCCUGACCUCAACCCGAUUGAGAUGCUGUGGCAUGGCCUCAACAAAGCGAUUCACACCAGACAUCCCAAGAAUAUUGCUGAACUGAAACAGUUCUGUAAAGAGGAGUGGUCAAGAAAUACUCCUGACCGUUGUGCACAUCUGAUCUGCAACUACAGGAAACGUUUGGUUGAAGUUAUCGCUGCCAAAAGAGGUUCAACCAGUUAUUAAAUCCAAGGGUUCACAUACUUUUUCCACCUGCACUGUGAAUGUUUACAUGGUGUGUUGAAUAAAAACAUGGCAACAUUUCAUUCUUUGUGUGUUAUUAGUUUAACCCCUUAAGGACACAGCUUCAGAAGCUUGACUUACGCUUAAUGACACAAGCAAUUUUUGCAUUUUCUUGCUGUUUGCGUUCAACUGCAAUUUGCAUCUCUCUCAUUUAUUGCACUGACACAUAUUAUAUACUGUUUUUUAAAUGACAGAAAGGGCUUUAAUUUGAUAUAACAUAUAUAUAUAUAUAUAUAUAUAUAUAUAUAUAUAAAUGCUUACUUAUUAUAAAAAAAAUACAGAAAAAUGCAAAAAAAAUGAAAAAUAUUUUUUACAGUUUUUGCAAUAAUAAUGUGUGCAUAAUUAGUGCAGGUUAAGGAAAGUAAUUAAAAAUAAAUUUAUUUAUUUGUUCUGAUUUACAGAAUAUAUAAUGUGUCUGGGAUUUUAAGUUUUUUUUGGUAGUUACAGGUCACAAAGCACAAGGAGUAAAAUAAACUUUAAUGUGGAGCGAUUUUAGAAUUUGGUAUGUUUGUCUUGUAAGCUUAAUAGCCAUAAAAGAAAACAAAAUUGCUACACAAAAGUAUAUAUUUAUAUAAAGUAGACAUCACGGGCUAUUUACCUAAGGUUGUUUUGACACUUUCUACGUAGCCAUUUCACCGCCAACCUCUGCUAAAUAUUGGAGUAAAAUUGUGUUCUUUUUGUUUUUUGGCACACAAACUUAUAACAGAGAAAUUCUCGUGUAUAUUUUGUAAAAUUGGUGUGUGCUAUUCCUGUACAAAGUUUUAUUUUGUGUUCAGUUAUAUCUGCUGAGUAAAAUGACACCCCCAUUGUAUGUCUUUUGCACUAUUUCGUGAAGUUACAGUGCCAUACAGGAUACCUGUCCUUUUCAGUAUUCACAGUAGAAUUUUUGAGAGAUGGAUUUAAUGAGCCUUAGCUUCCAUUUUGGGGUAUUAUAACAGUUUGACUGUUCAAAAAAAACCCACAAAGGCCUACCAUUUGUAAAAGUAGACACUCCAGGGUAUCUUAUAAGGUGCAUAUUGUGCCUUAACAUGCCCUCAUUUUUUCACCAAUAUAUGCCAAAGUAUGUGGUAAAAAAUAAUUUUGUGCAUUUUUUACAUACGGAUUGCAUUUUUGCUGGGCGUUUUGUAUAUUUCAUAUGUGCCACUAAGUUCAAAACCCCCAAAUUAUGCUCAGCUAAGUCUUCUGAGUAAAAUGACACCCCAUAUGAAUGUCUUUGGCACUAUUUCGUGAAGCUACAGUGCCAUAUAGGAGACCAAGCCAUAUCCGUUUUUACCAAACUUUGAAUUUUGACGCUGGGCCUAUGUGCAAUUUCCAAGCACCUUCGCAGGUUUUAAAUUCAAUCUACCCCACAAAGGCCUACCAUUUCUUAAAGUAGACACCCCAGGGUGUUUCAAAAGGUAUAGUUUGAACCUUAGCGUGGGAUCAUUUUUACGCUAGCUUGUACCGGAUGUAGUGGUAAUAAGCGUUUUUUCUGCCUUUUUGACAUACAAAGUGAGUUUGCACAGUAUAUUUUGCAAACCUUAUGUUUGCUACGACUGUAUACUAGUUCAUAUGUUGCUCAGCUAUGUCGGCUGAGUACAGCAAUACCCCCGUAUGUACCUUUGCCAGGUAUGUGUGGACAUCGGAGGGGCACAUUUGGGACACAGCCAUUCCAGUUUUUUUCAAACUUUGAAUUUUUAUGCUGUGCCUAUGUCCCAUUUUAGAGUAUUUUACCAGGCUAUAUAAUCCAAAAUUCCCCAUAAAGCCAUACCAUUUCUUAAAGAAGACAUCCCAGGGUAUUUCAAAAGGCAUAUUUUGAACCUUAGCGUGGGAUCAUUUUUCCGCUAGCUUGUACCAAGUGUAGUGGUAAUAAGCAUUUUUCUGCCUUUUUGACAUACAAAGUGAGUUUGCGCAGUAUAUUUUGCAAAACUUAUGUGUGCUAUGACUGUAUAAUACUUCAUAUGUUGCUCAGCUAUGUCGGCUGAGUACAGCAAUACCCCCGUAUGUACCUUUGCCAGGCAUAUGUGGAUGUUGAAAGGGCACAUUUGAGACGCAGCCAUUCAGUUUUUUUCUAACUUUGAAGUUUUACGCUGUGUCCAUGUUCCAAUUUGGAGUAGUUUAGACGGUUGGUUAUUGAAACUUCCCCACAAACACAUACUAUUUAUUAAAGAAUACACCCUGGGGUAAUUCAAAAGGCAUAUUCUGAACCUUGGCGUGGGAUAAUUUUUUUCUCUAGUUUGCUCCAGGUGUAGUGGUAAUGAGCGUUUUUAAAAUGUAUUUUUUUACUUUUUAUAACUUUUUACUUUUAAAAACUAGUUUUUAAACUUUUGUUUUGCUUAUAAAUUUUUUUUAAACUUUCCUAAACUUUCUUAAAACUUUUUUACAGAUUUAACAUUUUUCUAAGCUUUUUUUUUACCGUUAACCCCUAACUAGCAGUACGCAGCAGUAACAGUAAAUUCCUCAUUUUCCCAUAACUCCCACCCACCCCAGCUAGCAAAAUAUAUAGUUAUAAAAUAUUUAAAUUAAUUAAUUAAAUAAAUUGAACCUCUGAGGGUUAAAAAAAUAAAUAAAAGUUAAUCCUCAGGGGUUAAAAAAAAUUAGAUCACAGUAUAAUACUGUGAUCUCUAUUUGAUCGCUGUAGGCAGUUAUCGACUGGCAGGGAAGGGGUUAAUUUUUAUUUGGACUAGGUAAAGUGUGUUUUUUUUGUUUUUUUUUACUUAAAUGUUAUUAAAACAUUUUUUAAGCUUAAUUUUUAACUUUUUAAAGUUUCUUUUAAAACUUUUUUUUAACGUUAACCCCUAGUUAGCCUAACGCCAGAUCCCCCAAUUCCCCACUAACUUCCACCCACCCCAGCUAUCUAAAUAUAUAAUUAAAAAAUAAUUUAAUUAAUUAAUUUAAUUAAUUUAACCCCUGAGGGUUAAAAAAAAAGAAUUACCCCUCAGGGGUUAAAAAAAAAAAUCAGAUCAUAGUAAAAUGUAAUCCCUGCCAAUUGAUCACUGUAGUCAGUGAUCAAUUGGCAGGGAAGGGGUUAAUUUUUUAUUAAAAUGGGUAAGGGGGGGGACUUUAAAUAAACUUUAUUUUUUUUUCCAGCAGGGGGCAGGAUCAGCACUGAUCCGGCUCCCUGCACUUCACACAGAACCCGGAAGUGCAGGGAGCCGGUAGGUGAGUAUACAGAGCACAUGUGCUCGGACUUGCAGGAUGCAUAUGUGCUGGGCAGAUUGAUCAUAAAGCCCCUGCAUGCCUCUCUAGCCGCAGAGGUAUUACCGGGAGUUAACAUUAAUCUCAUCGCCGCCACAGCGCUUAUCCGGUUUACUUUACCGCCGCGCGGACGGACGAGGUCCGGCCACCCGCCGUUAAGUGGUCCUCUGUGUGACGGACCUCGUCCGCCACCCGUCCCAAGGUUGCUGUGACUGUGAUUGCUCCAUAUUGUGACUUAGAUAAUGAUCAGAUCAAUGCUUACACUAAUUUCCAGCGGAAAUCCAUAUAAUUCCAAAGGGUUCAAGCAUACUUUUCUCUUGCAAGUGUGUGUGUGUGUGUGUAUAUAUAUGUGUGUAUGUAUAUGUAUAUGUGUAUAUAUGUAUGUGUGUGUGUGUAUAUAUAUAUAUAUAUAUAUAUAUAUAUAUAUAUAUAUAUAUAUAUAUAUAUAUAUAUAUAUAUAUAUAUAUAUAUAUAUAUAUAUAUAUAUAUAUACAUUUUUUUUUUUUUUUUUAUUGAGGCAAUUGAGAGAUUCAAUACACAAAUCAGAUUUAUCGGAGCUUAACCUAAGUAAGAACACAGACGUCCUUAUUAAUAAGCACAACAGAGUAACUCCUAAGUACUUCAGCCUCAUUUUAAAAUAAUAAAACAAAACAUAGUGUAGUAACAGAUAAAACCUACAUGGCUGCCAUAAUGCCAGUAAGUGCAUCUAGAGGCAUAGGAAUGAUGGUAAUUACUAAACAUGGAUUAAAAACAUAGUGCAAUGUAGUCCAGGUAUUUUAGUAUUGUCAGCCCUAAUUUGCUCAUGCAGGUUAAGUUUGACAGACUAAAACAAACUAAAAAUUGUUUAAAAUAUUAGACCAAGUGCAAGCCUAGAAAAAACAAUGUGCAAUCUGGUAAACAUGGGCAGCUUUAUGUGGUUGAACGUGUAUUAGGUGUUUACUGCCACAGAAGUCAUACACUAAAGUGUCUAGAUACCCUUAACCGCGUGGCAGGGGGUGGUUGCAUUCUCAUCCAAAAUAUAUAUAUAUAUAUAUAUAUAUAUAUCUGCAGAAUUGAACCAAAAUAUAAUUCCGUGUAUUUCUUAUUUCAAUUAAGACGUAUUCUAAACAAGUUUGUCUUGUACAUUGCAUGGUUUCCAGAGGUACGGACAAAUAACGCAAUUUACAAAAAGGGGAAAAAAACAUAUCCAAAAGCAAAUGUGAGCUGCAAGGUUUCCAGUAGGACAUGUUUGGGUUUCUUCCUCAACCUCUCAGUUAGGAGGCUGGGCAAGUGUGCUGGCGGGAUCCCGAGCUUAAGAAGGUUGUCUCGGUGAGUACCCUGGUGCCUCCAUUGUAAGGAAUCAAACCAUUUUAAAAGAAUUUGACCAUUUACCUGGGGUCGCCCGAGAUUCUGUUGGCUCUCCUAAGUUAAGCCCUGUGCAGGGCUACCGCAUUGGCUAAGAACAUCUGCUGAUCACUCAGCCAGUGAUGUAAACCUUACACCUCUGGGUUUAGCUCAAUGAAUAGUUUUUGGCUCUCACUGUGCUCUGGUGGAACAAAUGUAAGAAUUCAAACUUUGAUAAAGCUGGUUUUCUACUUACAGUGGUGAAAAAAACAGGGUAUUCCUGACACCAUAACCAACACAGCACUCUGUAGUAGUUUAUGCUCUUGGAGUGUUUCUGUAAGAUAAUAAAAAAAUAAAAUAUUGACUGUUUCUUUUAAGUUAAGAUGAUACUUUGAGUAUGCCUCAACUGUAAUUUUUAAGUACCUUCUACCUUUUUUCCUGGAGUUACAAGGUAAAAUGUCUUUUAAAAUGACAUAACAUAAACCUAUGAGCAAAGAAUCACAAUAAGACUGCUACUGUAAUUAAGUGUAUGGUUCUGCUUGAUGCUUUAACCUACUUCUUGCUAAAACUCUCUGCCAUCUUUACUGCUUGACUUGUGCUGGUGCUGACAUCAACAGAUGUGAUUAUAUGAAAAAGAAGUUCCUUCGUGUACUUAUUUCCAGAGCGAUGGGUGUGAGACUGAUGAGGAAGUUCUCGAAAGCUUUAAGUGCUUCUUUCAGCUCAGCAGUUACAUAGAAGAUAAUGAAAUAAAAGAUGGGGUAUGUUCCCGUUUUUACUCACCCUUGCUACUUCUUGCAUAUACAUGUUUGACACUAGGUGUCUAGAUCAUGGUUAUUAAGCCAGUCCUACAAAUAGCCCUUUUUAUUUAUUUGACUGUCCUUUAACCGCACAAGUGUUUGUAUGGUAAGCCUGAGACCUAUUGGAAAAUGUAUCUUUGUCUCUGUUACAAUAUUAGCUUAUUGUCUUCUCACCAGUUCCCAUUUGUAUUGCCUGCAGGCAUAUCUGUAUGGGAGGCAGUAUUUUUGUAUAAAUAAAAGUAGACCACACAAUAAACACAGGCACAGGUUAUUUACUUUUUAAAUGGGUUUGGCCAUGUUGUUUUUUUCAAAGAGACUUAAGGGACUUACAACCAAAUUUUCAUAAUGAUAAACCUAAAACAUAAAUGUUUAACCUUUUAACUUUAUUAACCACCAAAUUGACAGUCUUGGGCGACCUGAUUGCUUUUUAUUUAAAACUUUCUAGUAAGGAAUGCCCGAUCUCACUGGCCGGACAUGUUUUUCUGUAGCUCCUGGAUAUUUGGUCCUACAACAAGCUUUCCAAGUUGAUUCCCACAAAUUAAGCUUAUGCAGUAUUUACAGAAGACGCAGAAUCACACCACACCAAUCCAAUUCUAAUUUGGGGGCACUCUGCUACUUCUGUUACACGUCCGAUCCUGAGGCCUACUACGGCGGGUGCGCUGGUGACUGGGGAAAACCGCAAUACCCUAGCCCUCGGCACUGAUCCUGAAACUGACCAUCACCAUUUGGACCGGUGGGGGAUAUCCUGGUCCCCACUGGGCCACUCAGAAUUCACUACCUGAUGACUCAGGGCUUCCUGCGUUAAGUGCCUCGUGUCGCGACCAAGACGGCCACCGCGAUAGAGCCGAGCAGGGCUGCUUGGAUUUGGAAGGCCCUUACUCUACCUGCUGUCUGUGUUCCCUGCGAGACAAGGUCUAUUAAUAGAACUCUUUCUGGGCUGGGGGCCCGCAUGGAGACAACUCUACCCCAAAGUCCACACUCCCGUGAGUGUGGACUUUGUUGUAGAGAUAUAUAUAUAUUAUAUAUAUUAUAUUAUUAUUUUUUUUUUUUUUUAUAUAUUUUUUUUAAUCUGCACCUUCACCAUUGUCACAUUCAACAUACACCCAGUGGUAAUAAGUCUCUCAAGUUGUGCACACUCUGUUUACUAACUACAGGACUGGGUGUAAAACUGGUAUUUACUGCUCUAAACCUCACAUUAAGCCUAAUCUUGUCUUCACAGCUUGUAACUUAACCCUCUUGUACCUUAUCAAUCCACAGUACUAUUGUGCUGUCUACUAAUGACCAUAACGUUACCCUAGCCUGUUUUUUAGAAUGUUAAGCAUUACUUGCCUACCGACCUUCACUUUUUACAAUGUUGUUUUCAUAAUACAAAAAAAUUCUCUACAUGCCACUAUACUAUUAAACAAUAACAAAAAUAAAAGUAAGGUAGGGCAUGGGUCCGCCUGUACCGCUCCUGCUUCAGUGACUCCUUCCUUGUCACCAUACAUACUGUUAGGCUUGGAAAUAUUUGGAAACUGAAACAAGUUAUUUUUUUAAAUCUGUUUACCAAAAUAAAUUCAAGUUACAGUAAAAUAAAGUGCAACCUCCCAGCUUUAAUUUGAGGGUAUUCCCAUCCAAAUUGGAGGAUGGGUUUAGGCAUUACAACUCUUUUUCAAGGGACCAAAAAUAAUUGGACAAUUGACUCAAAAGCAGUUUCAUGGACAGGUGAGGGCUAUGCCUUCAUUUUCUCAUUACUUAAGCAAGUAAAAGGUCUGGAGUUGGUUCCAAGUUUGGCAUUCAAAUGUGGAAGCUGUUACUGUGAACCCACAACACGUUGUCAAAGAAGCUGUCAAUACAUGUGAAACAGGCCUUCUUUAGGCUGCCAAAAAAAAAAAUCAAUCAAUCAUACAAAUUGUAGGAACAGUUUUGUAUACUCUGAGGAAAAAAAAACAAUGCAUUGCUGAGCUCUGCAGAACAAAAUAAUCUACUGAAGAUAAAAGUGGUGGAUGAUCUUCGGAUCCAUUCCAUGGUAAAGAAAAACCCCAUUACAACAUCCAGCCAAUUGAAGAACCCUCUCCAGGUGGUAGGUAUAUCAUUAUGCAAAUACACCAUAAAGAGAGGACCUCACGAGAGCAAAUACAGAGUGUUCUCCAUGAGGCAAAUAAACCCUUGAUUGCCACCCUAUAUAUGUGCCACAGUGUUUAAUGCCUGUGGUGUUUACAUUUGGAGUUUGCACAAUGUUGGAACCACCAGCUAUAGUCCUGUUCUUGUGAUACUGAUGGUGUUCAGCAUGGGUUCUAGUAAAUACUAAAACCUGUUAUGUUAUCUAUACAAAGUUUUGUGGCUUAAAAAAAAAAAGGCAAGUACUAAAAAUGGGGCCACAGUCCCCACAGGAAACUAGUGGAACCUUUUUGUACCACUUUUCAGAACGCAACACUUUUUUUUUUUUUUUUUUACUUGUGACUCAGAGCUUCAAGUGUGAAUGAGAUUUUCCUUUUAAGUGGUAUGUAUUGUGGCUUUUAUUUAUUUUGCUGGCCCUUAUAUUUUAAGGUUCUUUCUCGGUUUAAUUCAGAGCAUGUAGAGGCUCUUCAUCCCUGACUCGUGUCUGACCAUCCAAGGAGAUGGUAAUUGGACUUAAUCUGCACUGUGACCCCAGUUGUUCAAAACCCAUUCCCAGUUAUAGGCCAGUAUUACAUGGUCAUGGCAUAGUGAGAUCAUUGAGAUGUCCUUUAGGUUAGGUGGGAACUCCUAGAUUGGGGGUGAGAUGGCAGGGAAGCAGACAAAACAUAAGUCACAGGUAGCUGGUUAAGGAGACCAUGAUCAUAGGAGGAAAAGGGACUCAGAAUUUUUCAUUUUUUGCUUACUGCAAAUAUUUCCUAUGCCUGCAGUAUUGACAUUAUCUUAGGAUUUAAGAGUUAAAUUAUUUUCGUUUCUGUCCAUGCAGUCCUAGUCACACCUCCCCUGGUUGUGACUCACAGCCUGCAUGGAAACAACUGAAGUGUGUGUGUGUGUGUAUGUAUGUAUAUAUAUAUAAUUAAUAUAGCGCCAACAAAUUCCGUAGCGCUGUACAAUCGGUGGACUAACACACAUAAUUGAGAUCAGACCACUGGACGUACAGGAACAGAGGGGGUUGAGGGCCCUGCUCGAUGAGCUUACAUGCUAGAGGGAGUGGGGUAUGGUGACACAAAGGGUUAAAAUAGGGGAAUUAAAUCGUUUGUUAGAGAAGGGUUUAUUGAGUGCUUGGUAGGUCAUUUUUGACAGUUGCAGGAAAGGAGUCAUUGGGUGGGGGAUGAGAAACCUGCUGACAGUUUAAUUGAUACGCUUUAACCUCUUAAGGACCAAACUUCUGGAAUAAAAGGGAAUCCUGACGUGUCAUGUGUCCUUAAGGGGUUAAUGAAGAAGUGAGUUUUCAAAGAUUUUUUGAAGGAGUGGAGGCUGGGUGAAAGCCUGAUUGAGGAGGGAAGGGAGUUCCACAGAACAGGUGCAGCCCUGGAGAAGUCUUGAAGGCGAGCAUCAGAGGUGGGGAUCCGGGCAGAGGAUAGGUGUAGGUCUUGGGCUGAGCGCAGGGGUCUCGACAGGACAUACUUGUGUAUGAGGGAGGAUAUGUAUGUUGGGGCAGCAUUAUGUAGAGAUUUGUAAGCAAGCGCCAGAAUUUUGAAUUGGGCCCUAUAUCUAACUGGAAGCCAAUGCAGGGACUGACAGAGCGUGGAGGUGUGGGAGGUGCGACCGGACAGGAAAAAAAGCCUCGCAGCCGCAUUCAUUAUAGACUGCAGCGGUGCAAGCUGGGAACAUGUAAGACCGGUGGGAAGGGGAUUGCAGUAGUCAAGAGAGAACAGCAGCAUGAACCAGUACCUUAGCCACGUCCUGUUCUUGAGUUGGAAGCGACAGGAUUUGGCUAUCGAUUGGACAUCAGGAGUAAAAGAGAGGUCAGAACAAAUAGAACCCCUAGGCAGCAAGCCUGCGAGAUAGAGGUGAUAGUAGCGCCGUUGACUUGGAUGGGGACAGACACAGGAGUAGCAGCACUUGACGGAGGAAAAACUAGAAGUUCUGUUUUGGACUGGUUGAGUUUAAGGAAGUGAGCAGCCAUCCAGUUGAAAAUCGCAGAGAGGCAGUCAGAAACACGAGUCAAGGUGGGUGGAGAGAGAUCAGGGGAGGACACGUAGAUUUGCGUGUCAUCUGCAUAUAUAUGAAAUUGGAAGCCAAAGGAGCUGAUGAGUUUACCAAGGGAGGCAGUAUAGAUAGAGAACAGUAGGGGGCCGAGGACAGAUCCUUGGGGGACGCCGAGACAGAGGGGUUGGGGAGAAGAGGCAGAGCCAGAGAAAGAAACACUGAAAGAGCGCUGGGAGAAGUAGGAGGAGCACCAGGAGAGAGCAGUAGACCAAAGUUUAUGGAGAAUGUGAAGAAGCUGUUGAUUAUCAACAGUGUCAAAGGCGGCAGAAAGAUCAAGGAGGAUUAGGAUAGUAUUGGCCGCGAGAUUUAGCAGCAAUUAAAUUGUUGGAUACUUUGGUCACAGCAGUUUCGACAAUGACCAGCGUGGAAUCCAGACUGAAGGGGGCCAAGCAGAGAGUUGGAUUCGAGAAAGUCUGUCAAUCUGGCGUACACAACUCUCUCGAGGAUCUUGGAGGCAAAUGGCAGUAGCGAGAUAGGGCGGUAGUUGGAUGGGGAGUUGGGAUCAAGGUUGGGCUUUUUCAGAAUCAGGGUUACGGUUGCAUGUUUGAAGGGUGAGGGAAAUGUGCCAGAGGAAAGGGAGAGAUUGAAAAUGUUAGCGAGAGGAAGAGCAAGAGAGGGAGACAAAGUGCGGAUGAGAUGCAAGGGAAUAGGAUCGAGGGAGCAGGUGGUGGGGCGGGAGGACAGGAGCAGAGCAGAAACCUCUUGUGCUGUAGCAGGUGCACAUGAGCAUAGGAUGGCAGGGGGAGUGGGGUUGGGUGAUGUAUUGAUAGGGGUAGGAGAUAGAUUAGAGAUGAGAUGCAAAGUUUGUGGCGGACAAGGUGGUGAAAGGAGGGGGAGUCACAGGGCGAAGAAGAGCAUCAAAAGUGUGAAACAGGUGUUUGGGUUGAUGGGACAGUGUGCUUAUGAGGGUGUUGAAGUAGUUUACUUUUGCAGAGGAAAGAGCCAUGCUGUAGGAGCGCAGCAUAAAUAAGUAUUGUAGGAAGCAGCUCCCCUCUCAUACCGCGCGAUGCUGUGUGGAGCGUUGCCAUGGUAACGCGCGGCAACACUCCACACAGCUUGCUCACAGGAGGAUAGGAGAGCUGCUUCCUAGAGCCCUCCCCCUGCCUCCCGACCCGGAAGCAGAGUAAGCGCCUGCUGUUUCGGGCAGGCAGGUGCUUACUCUGCAGACAGCCAGCAGCCCCCUCUCCCGGCAACCUAUGGCCGCGUGCCCACAGAGAGGGCCUGGCGUGCCACAGGUUCGCCAUCACUGCUAUAAAAUGUGUACAUGGGGCAUACUGUUCUACUUGGGAGACUUCACUGAACACAAAUAUUAGUGUUUUUUAAAUUUUUUUUUAAUUUAUUUUUUUUCUUGUGCGAUAAGUGACAACAAGCGUGCAUAGCCUCGAUAGCAUCUGCAAGCAGUUAAUACAACAUUUCAAAUCUUUGCAUUCAAGACAGCAAUAUAUAUAGAUAUAGAUAUAUAUAUAUUAGAAAAACGAUUAGUAGGGAAGACAGCUUUCACUUUGUACAUCAUGUUUGCUAGACUAUGAUUAGCUAGGAUAAAAGAAAACAAAAUAAUCAAUGCUUAAUGCUGAGUACAUUGGCAUUUGUGGUAGGUAUACUGAUGAACACUUAGAGCGUAAUCUUCGCCAAUGAAGCUGUACAAUUGCGGUCUCCCAUAUGAUAAAAUCAGGAGUUGGUCAGAUAAGACACAUGUCGAAACAGGCAUAUGUUAGCAUGAAACGGGCAUAAUUUAGCAUGACUUAAGCAGUCCCAGGUUAAAUUACGUAUAGAAAAAUCUCACAGGAUCUGGUAUAGCAAUUAGUAAAGGUUAUAACAUGCUAGACUUCUUAUGGAGCCUGUCAAGUGCUAUCCAACAAUAGAAUUCUAAAUAUGAAACAUCUCUAGGCUGUUUCCUUUGCUGAAUUAAACAAUGCAUAUAUAUCCAGCUUAAGAGUCUCGGACCCCUAGAUUGUGAAGGCCCAUCUUUAACAGGUUUCACAGGUCAACUGACCGGCUACUGAGCCAUAGUACCUCCCUGCCAGUCUGUUUGUUAAGCCGAUCUUAGGGUGCUUGUGUGUCAAAGUCUCUGGUAUGUUGGCUGGGAGAGCGGUCGUCUCUCCCCACCGUAGUCGCUUGCAGGCCCCAGCUAGCCAUUUUGGGUUCCUGUUCACCGAAACGCUCGGGGAAAGUUUCAUAUGUAUCACCAGGUUUCCCUGUAUGUGGGCAGCGACUCCCGGUUCAAUAUGUGGCCCGGUUCUAGCGAAAUGUUGGUGAUUCCCUCAGGAGCUCCGCUUUCAGGCGUCCGCCCCCAAAAUAUUAGUGUUUUAAAACCGUAAAACAUAUCCUGACGAUGAUAUUAUCAGUGAAAGUGCCAAUUUUGUGUUUAAAAAAAAAAAAUGCACAAAAACUAAUGUGAACACUAGUUUUUUUGUGACUGGCUAUUAAAAAAAUAAAAUGGACAUAUAUCAGGGCUUGACAAAUUUGCUUUGAAUUUAGGAGUCAGGUAAAAAAGUUAGGAGUCAGGUUUUUUUUAUUUUUUUCAAUUUGAAUUUUAUUGAAAUAUUUUUUCUUUAAACAUCUUUGUCAGAAUAUGAGUGAGGUUAGUAACCAGUUGUCAUGCAAUAAUACAUUUGACACUAUAUGUCUUAUAGAUAUAUCAUAGGAAACAUUUGGGAAGAAAAUGGCUUAGAGCACAGUAUGUCCCAGAGGACUUUAGGUCAUAUGGCUGGAGUUCGUGUAGGCGCCAGGAGGGCAGUGGUCGAAGGGUCACAGUCUCUAGCGGGUUCACAGUCUGUUAGAUAUCCUGCGUAUCUGUUUUACGAUCCAUCCCUUGUCAAAUUGCGGGUGCCUCCCAGGGCUCUUGUGUGCUUUUUGGCUGUAACUCCGUGGGUUACGUUGCUUCCUGGUGCUUAGCUAGCAGCCCAAGGGUUUGGAGAAGUGUCUGUGGGUCUUCGGUUGAGGAAAGGGUUAGGGUGGCCUUCCCCCAGGGUACUACCAAUGAACCUCCCGUGUCCCAGCAGUAUUUGAUAUCGUCUCGUAGCCAUUUGGCUACCUGUGCCAGUUUUCUCUUUGUCUAAAUAUACAUAGGGAUUUAGGAGAGAGCGCAGGUAACUUUUUCUUUUGUUUUUACUAUAUAUUGGGGUUGAUGUGUACUGUAGUCAUUGCUGCCGGCCCAGUAGUGAUGGGAGUGGGUGCAGGACUUAUCUUUUUGUAUUUACAUUAUUUGUUUUAUUGCAAUUCUAUUCCACCCAGCCAACCUUUGGGUAAGCUGCCGUGCACUUUUACUAGCUUACCCAUUAGAAAGCAUUGUAUUUAAUGGUUUCCUAAUAGCUUCUAGGUCACGUGAAGACCGCCACUGGGGUGGAUUUAGCCCUACAAUGUAAACAUUGCAGUUUCAUUAAAAAAAAAAAAAAAAAAUUGCAGGCUUAAAAUGAGUAAUUGAGAUGACGUUGUCUGUGUGACAUUGGUGCCCCAUUCAUCUUUAUUUUUUUUCCUACUCUGCUCAGAACUGUCUAAUAAGCUUUGUUGAACUUUUCCACUGUAUCCGUUUCAACCAGAUACACUAGAAUGGUAUUGUGUCUAUACCUUUUUAUACCUCGUUUUGUGCAAUGCUGGCAGCUGUGUAGUGCACCUCUAUUCUGUAUUAUGUCACAUUUUAAUUAACAAAAAAUUGUACCAAAGUGAAUUUUUAAAUGGACAAAUAACACAGUCCUUUUCAUAUCUAAGGGUUUGUGUGAUAUGUUUUCUUCUUAGAUUUCAUUUACAAACUCCAUUAGGAAUUGGAGUCUAAGUGCAUUCGUUUAUUUUUCUUAUUAAUAUGUAAUAUUCCCUCUCUCAGGUCACAAAAGAGGAGAGACUUUUCCAUGAUAUAAUGAAAUGCUACAGGAACCAACCCCAGGCAAACAGCAAUGUAAGUAAAUAUUACCAUUUCUGUAUUGCUACUUUACCAAAUUAUAUCAUUCUUUGAAAUCUUCUAGAGAUGGACAGGAUGUCCGGCUUAAAGCGGCACUGUCAUGUCGAACUUGCCUUUCCCCAAUCAAUUCAUCUUCACUCAAUCUGUCAGGAUCUGUUCAUUUCUUCCUGUCUGCUCUAGUUUUCUUUAAAACAUAAGACAAAGUAGGGACUAUUUGUGUUAUGGAGGUUUCCUACGCCUGACCAUCUAUGACCAGCAGAGGAGCAAAGUGUGCUCUGUUUCCUGUGGUCAGAGAAAUUUUCCCAUAAUUCUUAACUUUCCUCAGUGCUCUCGCGAUGCUUUCUGUCAGUAUUCUUUAAUGUUCUGUCAUUUAGACAGAACGCAGGCAAAACUACCAAAUUUUGUCCUAACAGAAUGAGAACGGUUUCUCCAUUCGUGUUAGGACGCAGUUCGGGAUUUGGUUCGGAACGGAAUUUCAUUCGAAUAAAUUAAGUUCUGAUCCUUGCCACGGCUGCAUCUUGCAGCCGCUUACGCUUAGUAGAGAGCUCCCUAAUACCCAUGGUAUAUAUUGACCCCUAUAGAGUGGGGGAGGACAUGGGGUGCUUAGAAAGUUGCGUGGAGCACAGCUCCCUGUCACUUUUAUCUUUUAUUACAAGUUGGGAGCUGUGCGCCGGUAGCUUCCUCCUUGUAAUAAACCGAACGAAGAGGUCUUAGUUCAUUUGUUUGAAAUUUCUAUUAAUUUAUUUGUCUUUCUGACGAUUAAUGAAUAGAUUAAAUUACCGUUCGCAUGCCCAAGUGUUUAACUGGGCAUGCGUGGGAAUUUCACAGCGCUAUCUAGUGUGGGCAGAUGACGUGACUUCAUCUACGCACACAGAUGGCGGCGCCCAGGACCUAGGUCCAGGUAGAAUAUAAAGAUUAAAACAUAGGGAAAAUGGGUGGCUUAGCUGCAUUUAGGGGCGACAAAGGGACAAGUAGAUGUAGUGGAGUCGGGAGGAGGGUUAAAAACAAAAACAAACGGGAUUUGGCCAUGACAGUGCCGCUUUAAUACAGAUGUCAAAUUUUGCACACACAAUGCCAACGAUAGCGCUACUUGCACAAAAGAAAGAAUGAGAACUCUGAGAACGGACAAAAGCUUAGAGUAAAUUAAUAGCUUGCCAUUCAGUACUUGCCCUUGGUUUAGAGGAGAGUGGUAAAUUACCACUCCUGUAGACUGUUUUGUCAAUAAGCCCCCUCACACACAUUAUGGAAGCAGUGAUGGAGGUCAACUAUUCUGAAGAUUGGUUUUAGAUUGAGGAGUUGGGGCAUGUAAAAAAACUAGAGAAUGGGCGGCAGCUAUUGUUAUGUCUCUAGUAAGUUGUAAUACACCUCCGCUGCCCAAAAAACAAGUAAUGCCAUCAUGGACAGAUCACUUUUUAACCCCCUGGGACUCACUGAUAGUUUGGGGGAAGGACAUCAAUGAAUUCCUGUAAAAAAAAAAAAAAAAAUGCCCUCUCUUCUAAAUAGUCUAUCCUUCAUCCCCAAAAAGGCCCAAAUAAAUUCCAAAAUAACGUUUUUUUGUUUUUUUCCUCCAAGAGUUAUUCUGUUCAUAGACCCUAUCAUCCCUACAUUUUUCAUAAUGUUAUACUUUUGGUUAAUAUCGAAUAGAAGCUCUGCAUGGGUUUACAGUUGAACAUUAGUAGAUAACCAUUAUUGCAAUGUUUAUGAAUCCCACUGUAAAAAAACCUCAAUAUUGAAGUUUAUGUACACUGCAUUUUUUAUUAGGUUUACAGAAGUGUAUUAUUGCGAAAGAUGCCUCAAUCAGCAGCGGCAAGUGAGGAUGUGGAAAUGGCAGACUGCGGUAAGAAUUUUUUUUUUUGGCAUUAUAAAGGAUUAACAUGGUGUUUGUGUUCUCAUAAAUAUUUAAGCCUUAUACAGCAAGUGUAAGCCAUUCAAAAUCUUUAUUAGACAGGGGAGAAUAGAUUGCUGCAGUAUUUAUUGUAAAUUCUAUUUGGCAUUAAUAAAGGAACACUAUAGUUUUAGUAAUACAACGUACUCCUGACACUAUAGUCCGGGAGUGCGUUUUAGGUUCCCAGCCCACUUCUCUGUGUAGGGAAAAUGUUAUUUUACUUAUGUUUUCUCCACCACAGCAUUGGCCUCGUGACUGGCUCUUCCCCCCCCAUGGCUGAGAUAAUCAAGAUAUGCUUUUCCGGAGGGAGGCUAUGAGCAUACAUGGCAAAAUGGUGCGCUGCACCAGUCGACAUUUCCUGUUCGAGAUGCAUUGAAUCAAUGGAUCGUUCUAGAAUGCGUUCAGCGUUUUCAUGCAGUGCGUGGAGAUGCUGAAAGUAGGUGCUAAAAUGCCACUAGUGUUACUAGUCAGCUAUUUUAACAUUGCCUUUGCAGGGACAGGCUAUGGGCACCAGAACCACUACAUUAAGCUAAAGUAGGUCUGGUGGCUAUAAUGUCCCUUUAAUUUCAGAAAAAGCUUUUAACCCCUUAAGGACACAUGAUGUGUGACAUGUCAUGAUUUCCUUUUAUUCCAGAAGUUUGGUCCUUAAGGGGUUAAUUAGGUCUUGAUAGAUAUGGUACAAAUAAGUGAAAAGGGAGGGAUGCAAUGUAAUGGUAAAAAAAAAAAAAGAAGCUACAUUUAAUCAAAUUUUACAUCCUUAAAGGACCACUAUAGGCACCCAGACCACUUCAGCUCAGUGAAGUGGUCUGGGUGCCAGGUCCAUCUAGUGUUAACCCUGGCUGCUGUAAACUGAGAAGUUUAAGGAAAAACUGCUGUGUUUACAAUAGGGUUAAUCCAGCCUCUAGUGGCUGUCUCAUUGACAGCCGCUAGAAGCGCUUCUCACUGUGACUUUCAGUGAGAUUUUCUGUGAUUUUCCCAGUGAGAAGACGCCAGCGUCCUUUCCUAUAGACUGACUGCAUGCGGCUCUUGCCUCGCCUGCGCAUUCAGCCGAUGACGUUGGGAGGAGGAGGAGAGUCCCCAGCGCAGGAGAAAGAUGAGUGUUUAACCCCUUCCUACCCCUAGAGGGGGAGGGGGGCCAUGAGGGUGGGGAGGACCUAUUAACACUACAGUGCCAUGAAAACGAGUUUGUUUUCCUGGCACUAUAGUGGUCCUUUAACCCCUUAAGGACACAUGACAUGUGUGACAUGUCAUGAUUCCCUUUUAUUCCAGAAGUUUGGUCCUUAUGGGGUUAAACAAAUUCACAUAAUUCAAACUUGCUGAUCUGAGCCAAUCAACACUUUGUGCCAUCUGUGUAGAGAUGCAAUUGGACUCGUAUUUGACACAAUUUGGAUAUGUUUGUUCUAUGGUUAUAUUUGUAUAUGUAUUAGGGUUUCAUUGGUCUUCUAGCCACUGGUGAGUAAUAAUUCAGCCCCGUCGAGUCUGCUGUGGAACCUCAAGGAUUGAUUUUGCAAAUAUUUUAUCGUCCUGUGUAGGAUAGAAAUUUUGAGUCCUGCUCUCAUGUCUUUAAUGUGUAAACAGGGUUGGUAAAGUAGGCAGUGAAUUAUCCAGCGGUAACUUCAGAUUCAGGGAGCUCCAUUCAAUAUCAAAGACCUUCCUUCUAAAUUAUUGCCCUAUUAACACACUUUGGAUUUCUGUCUCUAGUGUUGCAGUUUCCUCACAUCCUAUUUUAUGCUUUAAGGUGUAACGUUUGAAUUUAAUUUCCGUUGUCUUUAUUUUUAGAAUUGUCUCAAACACCCUCAAACACUUCCUGUGGCACCAAUGACCAGGUGGAGAGAGGAGACCUCAUCACAUUUUAUAACAAUGUCUAUGUAGAGCGAGUAAAACUGUUUGCACUUCGAUAUGCAGUCAGCAUUUCAGAAAACCUGGUAUGUAAUUUUGUUUUUGGUACUUUUUUUUUUUUCUACAGGGUACAGCAUAACCGAUUAAGCAGUUUUGAGGGGCAUAAAAAAUUAACCGAGGUACAUAGAGAAAAAAGUUAUUUUCGAAUUCAGCAGUAAUAACCAUUUUAUAUUCAUUAAGUUUUGGAAAUAAUGUCCUUGAAAAGGCGGCCAUUAGCAGCACCACGCUGUUGGAAACUAUCUCUAAAGUUUUGUACAGCUCAUUCACACAUAUCGUGGGGUAUGGCAUUAACUUCUUCAAUAAUCUGCUCGCUUAGCUCUGGUAGGGUGUAAGGGCGAUGUUUGAACACUUUUUCCUUCAGAUAUCCCCAAAGAAAAAAAAUUGCAAAUGCUUAAAUCUGGUCAUCGCGUUGAUCACCCCUCAGAAACCAGACAUCCGGGAAACAUUUCUUUCAAAACAUUGAGUGAAUUCCGGGCUGUGUGGGCUGGAACCCCAUCCUGUUGGAACCAGAACUCCCCCAAUUCCUCUUCUUCAACGAUCUCUUCCAUUCUGGGCUGCAGAUAAUUUUCCAACAUUGAGACAUAACGUUCAAAAAUUCACCUCCUCCUCAAAAAAGUACAGGCCUAUCACUCCGAAUUGUGAUACGGCACACCACAAUGUUAGUUUAGGGAAACGUAGCGGUCUUUCAUUAAUCAUUCAGUGGUUAUUUUGAGCCUAGUAGUGGAAAUCUAGCUUAUUCACAGCUCCACUGAGAUGAAAAUGUGCCUUGUCGCUAGUGAAGAAAGCUGCUGCGGAAGGGAUCUGUGCAAGCAUUUGCUCACACAGAUUUCAGCAGUUGGCGUAAUCUGCUACACUCAAUUUCUGAGCCAACAUAUUGUAGUGAUGAAACUGCAAAUAUAAAUAAAGAAUACUCCUCAGACUGUGUUCUGACAUUCCCAAAGCAACAGCAUGCUUUCAAGCAGAAAGUCCAGGCGACUGCUCAAUUGCUGCUCUUAGCAGCUGCACAUUUUCCCGUGUUCUUAUGGACCUGCAUUGGCCAUGUUUAUCUCUUCUAAGCGUGGUACCAGUUUCCCCCAACUGCCUAACCCAUGACCAAAUUGUGUUCGCAUUAGGAAUGGCGUUGUUGCGCAGAAUGUUGAACCGUCGCUAAAAUGCUCUUUGCGUUGCGAUCACAGACUGGUUGCUUUCUAAAUACGCCCGCACGGCAAAGCCUCUAUGUACUCCGGUCCAAACUAGAUUGGCUACUAAAAUGGGGUGACGAGACGGAACACAAUGAGACCAGGUGCACCUGCCUCCCCUCAAAACUGCUUAAUCGGUUCUGCUUCACCUUGUAUCAUGUUCCAAAAACUGACCGUUAUUGAAGUCUUUGAUUAUAAGUCAUGGAAAAUGUUGGUAUUUUAAGGAUCAAUAUGUGGAGAGGAAUGCUAAAAGCAGCAGUCAGUCGGAACCUUCCAAUCAUUUCCACAGUGUUUCCUCUGCAUUUAGUCCUUUGCAACAGAACUGCUGUGAUUUCAAUGUGAACACAUACAGAGUUAUUCACCAAAUUUAUUUUCUUGACUUAAAUCUCAAUGGAAAAACUGAGGCAACAAUUAACUGAUCUGGAAAAGUUAAUCUGCUUAGCCAUAUUCACAAGCUGGCUAUUUUUGCCUCAGUUUUGCAUUCCGACUAAACUCUGAUCCUGUUUUUAAGUAUCACAAUGACUUGUUUCUGAUACCUGACUAAUUUUACAGUAGCAGAAACUUCUUGAAAAUAUGCAAAACCUAACCGUUUAUGGAAUAGUCUAUUCAUAUUAUCCAUUAGCUAUUAGUGAGUUAAAAUUCAUAUAUUUUCUAGCUCAAGAGAUUUGCUAACCAACAUUUAUGGUUGUACAAUACAGCAAAAUGAUCUUUGUAUAUUGGAAACAAACAUUUAUAAAAAAAGGACAGUAAUGCAUUCACAAAAGUGGCUCCAAACCCUACACUGAACUGCAGCACACUUUGCUGAGCCUCUCUGGACCAUCUGUAUAUUUCUGGAAUUGUUUGAUACAGCAUUAUUAAUCAUUUUAACCAUAUACAAAAAGGCAGUUUCCAUAUUACCAGCAACUAGGUCUACAUGGAUUAAUUUGUGAAACUUAAACCACUCAUCUAAUGCAGACAGAUAAGUACUCCCAAUUGCCCUAUGCGAAUGCUUUCAUAAGAAUUGGAAAGCUCCUCCCAGAUUAAUAGCUAAAGGCAUUCUGGCCAUUCCAUGCUUAACUUUUUGCAUCCAGUACCAAACUUCUGAAUAUGCUGAGCUGAAACGGAGAAAUAGUAUCAGCUACCCUAUUCUCAACAGGAAUUUGUAUAGCCUUUAACCAAAUAUGUUUCAAGUAUAGGAAUACUAAGUUUCUUAACAAAUUAAUAAUAAAGCUACACUUUAAAUGCAUUUAAUCAAUAACUUAUACUAUUGAUUGUCACAGGGAAAUAAUGUAUUUAGUUUGGGGUGCUUGACCCCAAACUAAAACUGCAGACACAAUUGGAAACAAUUCUAACAGUCAACUUUUUAGUUGACGCUGGCUUCACCCAAUGCUCUGGUUACUGUACAAAUAUGCAAACUCCAACUGAACCUGCAAAUUCUAACCACCCCCCUUCAGAUUGACACUAGAGAUCAGUUCCUGGUUUAUUAGAGUUUUUACCUUGGAUUUAUUUUUAUUUUGUAAAAAAAAAAAAAAAGGCUUCUGGGAUACCUAUUUCAGCAGCAGCUAGUCUAAACUUGGUAUUACUGUAGGGAACAACUCACCUCCCAACAUUCUACGAUGCAGUAAAGAAUGCAUGUUGCUGCUGGAUGUCGCCUACCGAGAAGAACUCCAGGUUACAAUUUUGUUCAGUUCAUAAAAUGUCUAGACUUUGCAUGCAUUAAAUUGUAAAUAUAAAGUAUGAUGUCGAAAAAUAUUCAGAUGAGAAUCUUAACCCCUUAUGGACCAAACUUCUGGAAUAAAAGGGAAUCAUGACAUGUCACACAUGUCGUGUCCUUAAGGGGUUAAAUAUUUUGGCAGUUAGCAGUUCAUUUAUGUUCAUCUAAUGAUCAACUAAAUACCUCAUACCAUGUAACUAUUUUGUAUUUUCUCCCCUUUAAAGGCAGAGGCUCCCCCUCUCUCCCCAUUUCCAAGUAUCAAACAGCAAGCAGUGUCUCCUCGACGGGUAUCCCAGCAGCACUCCCUUUAUGUCUCCCCUCACAAGAAUACCAGCUGUCUAACUCCACGUUCUGCCCUCCUGUACAGGUUUAACAGGAGUCCUUCAAAAGUAAGUUCUUAAAACCAUACUUCUGUUCGGCUUGGCAUUGUAUGUGAUAUAUGUUGUGAACACCUGACUUGCCAACACAUUACAAGUAUUGUAUUUUAUAAAUUCUGUAUAAAGAGAUUAAAUUAACCUAAAGUACCUAAAGAAAGAUUUGGUUGCAUAUUUUUCACCCCCCACUAAUCUCUGAAAUAACAUAGAAUUUAAAGUACAUUUACUUUCUCUUAUUCACACAGAGCUUGAAAGACAUCAACAUUAUGAUUAAAGAGGAACAGAGAAGCCGGAAGCGAGCUCUAACAAUAGAUAGCGACUCAGAAUCUCCAGCUAAGCGACCAUGCCAGGAGAAUGAUGAUGCUCUCCUGAAACGACUUCAGGAUGUUGUGAGCGAAAGGGCAAAUCAUUAGCAUAUGUAUGCUAUAAGCUGUAUGUUAUGUUUUUCUAUUACUAAGUUUCAUUCACUACAGAUUUUUAUUUUAUUUUAUUUUUUAAGUAUACACAUUGAUUGCUGUGGGUUAGUCUGGCAGAAAUGUUACUACAAGGAAAAUAUAAUAAAUGGGGUCCCCCCACCCCUACAAAUCCCACCCUUUACAAUUUAGUUUUUUUGUUUACCCACCUCUGCAAUAAUGAUGUAUCGCACGCAAACCUACUACAUCCUGGAAGAAAGAGUGACUUUUCAAAAUACAUCUUGUUUGAUUGUCUCCAAACCGUGGCCUUGUGUUAGGAUAAAAUAAAGUUGCCUUCAUUUAAGAAUGGUCAAUAGAAAACACCUGUUUUGGUUCUUUUUACUUCAUGUUCAUUGCAUCAUGUCUGAGAUGAAUUUUGGUUUACUGCUUGUCUGCAUUUCCAUUAAAUCUUUUAGUCCUUCAAAAUGUUACAUUACUGAAAAACAAAGUAAAAGUAUUUUUAGACUUUAAUAUAGUGCAGAGAGUUGCUAAUGUUUAAAUUUACUUUAAUUCUACAUUUUUAAGAACCCGUUUUGUCACCUUAUCUUAGUCAAAAAAUUUUUUUAGGACAACAGGCAAAAUACUAUUAGCUUGUUUUGUUUUUUUUAGUGCUUUUAAGAGUUGCAUCUCACUUGAGAUCGUUUUUGCCAACAUGUGUUAUUGUGAUAUAGGCAUCUUCCAAUCCGAUCGGUGAUUGUGAAGUGCAAUAUCAGCUAACGGAAUGUGGGUUUAAAAGACUCUUCAGCUGGCUGCUUUCUUUAGACAGCAUGCUUAUUUUUAUACCAUUUUUCAACUGGCUGCUUACUUAAGAGCAUGCUUUUCAAGUAGUAAGAAGCAUAUUUCUAUGUAUAGAACUGUUGCUCUCCUACAUCUUUGAUAUUUAAAAUGAAAGAAAAUAUUUCAAACUCUCAUCCUUUGGGCAUCCUCUUUUGUGCAUUUGAGCUAACCUGUGUUGUGUAGCAUCUACACGUGUAAUGAGAUUGUAUGUAUUAUAUGUAUUUUUAACAUCUUUUACGCCUUCUUGUACAGAAUUGUAUGCUGAUGUAAAGUUUUAUGUUGCAGCAACUUUUCAGAUAAAAAAAAUAAAUAAAAUUUAAAAAUUAACUGAGUUCAAAAGGUUUUAUGCGUUUAAUUUCUUAAAUCACUCUGUUGCAGAACACAAACACUAGCAAAGUACUGCGUGUAAUGCAGUGUACAAAAAUGUGUUUUGGUUCUUAGCAGAACAUUUUAUAAGUGGUGCAAGUGCUCAAAAUACAGGAUGAGUUAAAAGUACCAAAACAGCUAUUUAAGAUGCUUAAAGAAACACUUCAAUUAAAACUUUUUAUGUAAGAACGCAAUCACUGCGGUCUCUCCAUCACUUUAUUAUUUAAUGUCAUAUAGUGUACAGGAAUCACACACUUCACAUGCCUAUCCUUGUAGUAGGGAUCAACAGAUUAUCGGUUACGCUGGUUGUUAGAGUCGAUAUUUUGCAUAUUUCAGAUAAUGGAUACCGAUCGUGUAAUUUACCGCUUAUAUGCCGUCUUCCUCAUCUGGAAAACUUUAGCCGCCAGCCAGUGAGGUACCAAAUUUCAGCCACAAGUAAUCCCUCCCUGUGAGACCCCUUAUGCAGAGCUAAGCUGAAGGCAGGGAGAUGAGACCGUAAAUAAUCUACUGUAAUAUACUGGGCUGGCUGAUGGUGUGAUUGGUAUCAUUAUGUUCAGUUAAUGCCAGAUUUCUGUAGAAAUAGUAUUGCUUUUUCAAAAGGUAUAAAAUACAGAAUUUUGACAUCGGUUAUCGCCAAUUGGCUUGAAAAUACAAUCACAUACAAAUCAGUACUACACAAAUCACUAUUCAUGAGCAGGCUAAAUAAAAUAGCAACGCAAUUAUUAUUAUUUUAUUAUUUAUAUAGCGCAAACAAAUUCCGUAGCGCUGUACAAUGGGUGGACUAACAGACACAUAAUUGAGAUCAGACCACUGGACGUACAGGAACAGAGGGGGUUGAGGGCCCUGCUCGAUGAGUUACAUGCUAGUGAGGUAUAGUGACACAAAGGGUUAAAGUAGAGGAAUUAAAUAGUUUGUUAGAGAAGGGUUUAUUGAGUGCUUGGUAGGUCAUUUUUGACCGUUGCAGGAAAGGAGUCAUGGGGUGGGGGAUGAGAAACCUGCUGACAGUUUGAUACGCUUUAAUUUUUACACAGCCUACCAGAGCCAGAUACGUGUCCAAAAACACACAUUUCGUCAUACAAAAGUGCCUUUCUCAAGGGACAGCCUUGAUUGUUAGUUGAGUUAAUAAAGUUUUUGCUUUUUGAAUGCAUUUGUGUACAUCUUUUUUUGUAUUUCAAGUAUAUUGUGUUUGGUACUGGGCACUAUGCUUUCAUUUAUUUUGUUAUUGAAGGGGCACUAUAGUUACCAGAACCACUACAGCUUAACCCCUUAAGGAUGGAGGCAAGUUCUGACCAAAACAAGACCUAGAAUUUCAGCUAUGUCUAUUCAACCAUAAUUUACCUCUUUCAUCGUAAGUGCACCCACAGCUCUAAUAUAUAAUUUUGUUGAGGAGAAACAGGGCUUUCAUUUUACUUUAUAUAUGAAACCACAUUUAAUACGAAUAAAAUCUAAAAAGUGUGAGAACCUAAAUGUUUUCCAAGUUCUGCACGGCCUUUUAACUGAAUGUCAUAACACUGUUAAAGGAUCACCAUAGGGUCAGGAACACAUGUGUUUCUGACCCUAUAGGGUUAAAACCACCAUCUAGCCACCCUAGGUCCCUCAUGCCUCCAUAAAUAUAGCAAAAUCUUACUCUAUUCAAGCCUGAAGCUGUAUCUCAGCAUGCUGUUUGCCUCAGAAAAACAAGCUGUCUGCUGAUAUCAUCAGAAGUGGUAGCCUGAUCCAAUCACAAUGCUUCCCCAUAGGAUUGGCUGAGACUGACAAGGAGGCAGCUCAGGGGCAGAACCAGCAUGAUUCAAACACAGCCCUGGCCAAUCAGCAUCUCCUCAUAGAGAUGAAUUGAAUCAAUGAAUCUCUAUGAGGAAAGUUCAGUGUCUGCAUGCAGAGGGAGGAGAUACUGAAUGUUUGGAUGCAUUUUAGGCAGCCAUGACCCAGGAAGGAUCUCUUAACAGCCAUCUGAGGAGUUGCCAGUGAAGUUAUCACUAGGCUGUAAUGUAAACACUGCAUUUUCUCUGAAAAGACAGUGCUUAAAGCAAAAAACCUGAAGGUAAUGAUUAUACUCACCAGAACAAAUUCAAUAAGCUGUAGCUGUUCUGGUGACUACAGUGUCCCUUUUACUGCAAUAAAACACACACGUUUGUAUGCUGUGAUGUCCCACAAGUACAACAAUGCACCCCAUGUACAUAUUUCAUGUUUUUUUGGAAAGGGUUUUACAGGGUCAAAUAAUGAACUUGCCCAUUUCUGUUUUUACACCAUUAACUUUGCCAAAUUGGUCUGCUGGACCUAUGUUGCAUUUGAGAACAUAUAGCAGCCCAGAAAUGAAAAUGACUGUUUAACAGGUCUUUCAAAUGAAUAUUAUGCAAACCAUUCUUCUUUUCAGCUUGGCAUUGUAUGUGAUAUAUGUUGUGACCUGACUUGCCAAUACAUUACAAGCAUUGUAUUUUAUAAAUUCUGUAUAGAGAGAAUAAAUUACCUGAUGCACCUAAAGAAAGAUUUGGUUGCAUAUUUUUCACCCCCCACUAAUCUCUGAAAUAACAUAGAAUUUAAAGUACAUUUACUUUCUCUUAUUCACACAGAGCUUGAGAGACAUCAACAUUAUGAUUAAAGAGGAACAGAGAAGCCGGAAGCGAGCUCUAACAAUAGAUAGCGACUCAGAAUCUCCAGUUAAGCGACCAUGCCAGGAGAAUGAUGAUGCUCUCCUGAAACGACUUCAGGAUAUUGUGAGCGAAAGGACAAAUCAUUAG